AUGUCAUCAAGUCUUAAUUACUGAGAAUGUACUAGUGCCUUUUUUGUUUGUUCAGUAGAUCAUACUUUAUUUUUGUAGGUGUUGUCCGCUGUACUAAUAUGAAAAAAGCUAAAUCCCAGGCUUCAGAUGAAAAUAUGAUUGGACAAGAUUUGGAUACAGAACAGGAAGAAAGGCAGAGUUUAGAACGUAAAUGUGGCAUUCUGGAAAAUAUUCAGUAAGUAUAAUCUAUUUGUUCAUUAUGGAAUCCUUUUAAAAGACAAAAAUAUUAUAAUAUUUGUUUGAAACGUUAAUAAAAAAAAAAAAUUUUAAUUAAAUUUUGGAAUUCAUAUAAAAUUUUGAUUUUAAAAAGUUAGCUUAAAGUAGCAUUCAAAGGUUUUUUGUUUUUUUUUAUGAUUCUGCAUUUAUGUUUUAAACGAACAACUAAAUAGGAAGUACCCCACCGUGACAUUCAGAGAAGAAUUAAGUGUCAAAGUGAGAACCAGUAGUCCUAGGCACCUAAGUGAGACUCCAGGGUUCUGUAAGGGCUUAACCCUAUAAUAAAUAUACAAGGAAGAGAAAUAAUACAUUGCCUCUCAUACAAACAUCGCAUGACUUUUAUGCGAUGUUUUUAUGAGAGUCAAUGUAUUAUUUCUCUUCCUUGCAUUUAUGUUUUAACUAAUUGAUUUUCUUUUGUUCUUAACCCCUUAAGGACACAUGACAUGUCAUGAUUCCCUUUUAUUUCAGAAGUUUGGUCCUUAAGGAGUUAAACUAACUUUUAGUAAACAUUUUCUUUCUCUGCAAAGCAAUACUAAUGUUCUGGACCAAACCAAGUGUUUGCUUGAAUAUCUGCCCCUGUCUAAAUGGUUUAAAUGUAAUAAGCAUGCUCGCCGAAGAAAUCACACUGACGCAGAAAAGUUCAGUUAAAUGAAAACUUCCAAGUGUAUUGUCAGGGGGCAGGUAGCCCCUUAAAAAGGCAAAAGAAUGCAACGUGUACAAAUACAGAAAGUAAAACUUUUCAAUUGUUUAAGGGUUAGAUAUUAGUAAAAGUAAACAUUUAAUUGGUUAGGUAUUAAGUGUUUUAUCUUGAUGUACUUCCUCCAAGGUGUGAUGUCAUCAUUGUCUUUGUGUGUAGCUCCGGAUGGAGAUGCCAUCUUGCUCCACGAGGGUCUUAGUCGAUGGGAGGGGGUGAUCUAGCAGCCAUUUUGAGUAAUAAAUGAACACAGGUAUACAUAGUAAAUAGACAUUUUACACACAUUAAUUUCUAUCCAUCACACUAACUGCAGAAAUUCAGUAUUUGGUAGGACAUUAUUGCUAACGAAUUUGGUCAUUUUUGUAUUGGGUGUGAUUCAGCAUAAUCAAUUGGACAUUUUGACUUCGCUGUGAUUGAUUUAAUGGUUUAUAAAGGACGACUGUCACCUCAAAACUUUAAUAUAAUAAUCUUGUCAUCAAGUUUUGUAAUGUAUUAGCUUUUUUUUAAAUGAAAUAUAUGUAAAAAAAAAAAAAUAAAUAAAUAAAAAAUCAUCCCUAACUUUAGUAUUUGAUAGCAUCCUUCAGCCACAUACAUGCCUGUGUUAGGCAGUGUUUGCAAAUUUGAAAACCAGCAGUCCUGCACAGAAGCAGAAAUGCCUCUAAAGGACCACUCCACACCUAUAAAACACUUCUGUUUGCUUUAUGGGCAAAGAGUAUCCCAUUAUAAUCCCAUUAAUCCCUUAUAAUGACACUUUAUGAAAGUGUACCUUACUGUGAGAAUUUAAACCUAUUAGAAAUAAUGAAGGAAAAAACCCUGGUUGUCAAUCAAAUAGUUAGGGAGGUUUCUUCCUGCCUUUGUUAGCUUGCCUGACCUAAUGGAAGGGGCAGAUGCACUCUACUUGAGUGUGCCUUCCUCCCCCUACAUACCUCCUGCCCUUAGAUCAGAACAUUGUGCAGUGUGCACAAAGGGAAUCCUUCAGAGGCUUCUCAGUAACAAGUCUUUGUUAGGCUAUUUUCCUAUGAAGAGACUGUUAGACUCUUCUGGGGAAAAGGGGGAGGACUUGCAAAGGCUACAUUUCUUAAGAACUGCAGCAUUUGUAAGCUCUUUGAAGAUAUAUCCCCAAUGAAUAAAUGCAUGAAAAAUACAUGUAAUUAUUAAUUGAAGGGAUAACUACUAAAUAGGAAUUUAUACUCCUUUGUCCCUUUGGGCUGUUUAAUGUUCUUUUAAGGUAUACAGUUGUUAUAGGAUGUGAAUAUAAAUUAAGAUAUACAUUUAUGAUGUAAAAGGCAAGUAGUCAAAACUGGCUCUAUGGGUUUGGGUUGCUGGUGCUCUAAGCAGAAUAUGAUUGACCUCUAUACCCACACUAUAUAUAUCCUUAUACCUCAUUUACCAUAAUCCCCAUUCAGUGCAGAGCGGGGAAACGGGAGUUCUUUCUAAGGCUGCAGUUCAUAAGAUCUGCAGCCUUUGGAAGCUCUUGUAAGAUCUACCCCAAUAAAUAUAUACAUGAAAACUUCAUGCAUAUAUUCAUUGGGUUAUAUCUACUAAACAGGGAUUUUCUUUUCCCCUUUUGGGCAGUGGAGUGUGUACAGUACAAUCACUGCCAAGUAUGGUCCCUUCUGCAGGGCAUGCAUUGAUAGGAAUAUAGGAUAACGGAUAUGGUGUCCGCUUAAAGGCAACGUUGCAUGACCUGUAGUAACCUCCUGCUCACGUGUCCGGCACAGGUUUAAAACAAUAGGAGAAGGACAAGCAUAGGUGCAUACACACAUUAGAAAAGGUCCAUGACGUUCCUGGAUCCAUAUAUGUCAAGAUUUACCCUAUGUAUAACCAAAGCAACAUGUCCUUUUUCCCUUCAAUGAACCCUAGCCACAAAGCUCCACUACUACAUCCUAUGGUGGAUCAGAACUUAAUUUUCAAUGAAGUCUAUCUUACUGUAGAAUUUAUUGGCAUAGCUGGGUCCAUUUACAGAACUUAAAUGGCAGUGCAAAAAAGGUUCCUCCCCAUACUUUACAUUCCUUUUGAAAAAGCAGGAAAUAUAGGUACCACAUGGCUGUGUGUACUAUCAAGUCCAAGGGAUCCAGGAAUUAUGAGUCAAGGUGGUGGUAGGCAGAUAGUGACCAGAGAGAGAUUCCCUUGCCCUGGUAACAAAGGUUCCUUCUCAUUUGACAGCAGGCUCUCUUUGGCUUUUUUUAUGUAAUUUAGAAACCACAAAGGCCUCCCAAAGUUAAACCCUGGUAAAUCAGACCCAAUGACAGUCUGUGGAAACCUUAAACAUCUGCAUUGUGUCUGUGUGUGUAUUAUGCUAUAGCUAAAAUAAAGAGGAAAACAUUUUUUUUUUUUUAAAUGCAAAAUGCGUUGGAGAAAAAGUUUUAACGUAAAUUCUUAAGGGAACACUCCAAACAUCAUAACCACUACAGCUCACUGUAAGGGUCAUGGUGCCAAGAGUAGGGCUGUUGCAAGUUUUUUUGGCUACCCCGGCAAGGAUGCCUUUUGCUUCCCCCUUAAUUUAGAAAGAGGUACCAUGUACACAAAUAUUGUAAUUUUGGAGCUUCUUGAUUCUCCUUUAAUCGCGCACAAUACUGUGAUGUGUACUGCUGUCAAGCGCUGAGUUUUCUCAAGUACCUUGACCGCCUUGGAAUUAAAAUUCAUGCAGUGCACGUGAGUGUAUCACAGAGCACCCCAUCUUGACAGAGCAGUCACUUGCCUACCGGCAAUGGUGCCACAGAGAAAGGAGUCCCCACAACCUUGUGGAAAACAAGCAAAAAAACAGAAGUGGUGGACCGCGCUAGAAUACAAAAAUAGGUAAUUAAAUAAUUUACAUACAAUCGAUAAACUUCAGUACAGUGCAUCUUAACAAAAAAACAGAGAAACAUAAUACUGCAAUACAGUAUAAUAUGAUGUGCAAAUUGUGUUCGCAAAACGAAUGGAACACUCAUACUUUGUAGUGCUAAUAUAGCUGUCUAAGGAUACAAUAGUGUAAUCCAGAAGUCUUGGUCCCAGACAUGAAUAUAUGUAGAGAUAUAUAAACAGAGAGAACUCCAAUAGUGUAAUACGGUAUUUAAAAAUAAAGGUAUUAAAUAAAGUAUUCUACAUACAAUACCCAGAUCACAAACCUGCUCUGAUAUAUACAGGCUUGGGUAGAAUGAUUCCCACCUAUUGAUAUACUGGAUGUCCAGGGAGCCAAAAUAAAAAUUCAAUAGCAUUGCAAGGACUGAAUAUAUUGAAUUUAAAAAGUACUUUAUUUUACAAUAAUGUAUCAGUCCACAAUGGAAUUGAACAGUCUUUGGGUGUAUAUAUUUGCCAUCCUGAGGAAGCCUCCUGAUGUGAGCUGAAACGUUGAUGUAUAUUCUUUUAUUUGAUAUAUGAAUUAAGUUAUAUUUUAUUUACAUUAUCAAAGACCCUGGAGUGCAUUCCAUUUUCAUAUAAAUGUGUGUGUGGGAGGGGCUUGGAUCCCCUAUAAAAGGGCUGCCAAUCCUCUCUCACCUUACCAUUGCUGGUCUGAUGAGUCUGAAAUGAUUACUUCCUGUUCAGACCGCCAUUUUGAAUUUCUUACCUGUAUUCCUCUUGGUCCAACGCUUCCCAACCUCUUCCAACAGUCGCUGGCGUCCGCGCAGCCCUUUAUCAGCACUAACACUGGGUUAAAACUGUAAGUCUGGCCCCUACCCAUAAAGCAACGGCCACAAACCUUGCUCGCUUUCAUGGUAGGUGCUCCGUUCGUUUGAACCAUGCUUUCGGCUUAUUCUAUCAGCAUUUGUGGCACUCACGCCAUUCGGCUAAAUUUUUGUAUGCAUAUUUCCUAUGUACACAUGUUUCACAUCACCAUUUCACACGAACGCGACCGUUCGUUCACAUAUUACUGUACAAGCUUCGGUAUUUUCGUUGUGAUACAAACCGCACUUAAAGGACGCAUUUCAUUUGUAUGAUUUAGGUUUUACACGCAUCCCUCUUUGUCUUUCGGUUGUUACAGCCAUACACAGGGCUAAAUGCACAAAUCGCACCUAAUUAGCCAAUACAACAUUUUGCCCCUACUGGUUACAAAUGAUAUUAGUCAUUUAAAUUCCAUUUAUUGGUUAAAGUAUAGGUGGAAGUCUGGAUUUUAUAAGCUGAUAUCCCUGACCUUUUUUUCCACAGGUCCAUAUCAGGGAUUCCGUGCUUAAGGUUUUUAAAAUUGUGAUUACUGACAACUGUGUCAAAUUAUAUUUGCUUUCUAGGUUGGUUGGAAUUAGUUUGUUAUAAUUAUGCUUUUGGCUAAAUUAUACGUGGUAAUUUAGUAAGCAUGUACAAUUUACUUUCUUAGGUUCCUGAACUUCAGACGGUAGCUUUACAAGCACGAGAAAACAGUCAUCUUCCUUUGUCUUAUUACUACCCUCUGCAUAGUCUGACCGGCUAAUACUAUACGCAUAGUCGCUUAUGUCAUAUUCAUGUCCAUAGGUCUGAGCACGAUACUAUUGCCAUAUUACUAUAUCUCUACAUAGACAUCUCGUCCUGACUCAUCAUAUCAGAUACUACACCUGAACCCAGUGCCUUUCUAGUUUUAGAGUGGUACUGGUUUAGGUUAAGCUAGUGCGAUGCCUACUCCCAUCCUCAUACUCAGAGGCAUACGUCACUCGGGCCAAAUCAUAGUUAGCCACCUCGCAUGGUCGCAUAGAGAGGGCCUCACCGGUCACUCCCAUUCUAUCUUAUGCUUUGUCACCGAGAGGCCAACAUCCCGCCACAACAUUUUGGUGGCCUCAUACUUUCCCCUCGGACCAACGCAUAGGUACCUCUCAGGCUGCUUGGCAAUUAGUAGGGACUCCUCUGUCACUUCACAAAGUAUAAUUGCGUCGCCGCUUGGUAUCUAGCUAGCCUCGCCAGUACCCGCCCACUUCAUUACAGGAUCAUGAUUCAGUUACUUUAUAUUUUUCAGUUAUGUCGCAAAAUCCUGAUAUCCCUGAAGAACUAUCACGACCCAGCACGCCUGCUAGGCCUGGUACCUGGAACUGAUGUUAAUAGUCCUCCUUCCCUAAGAUCAUGGACCAUCCCACGUCUCACAGCAGAACUAAGAAUACGUUGCAUCCCUUACCCAGCUACCGCUAGGAAAACGGAAUUGUUUAGACUUUUAAACGCUACUACUGAUAACUCAGAUGCGGGGGAAGGCCCUAGUGGGACUCAGUUGACUGCUUUUCACGCUAUGAUGAUGUCACUAAUGUCAUCCAUCGGCACCAUUAGCGAUAGGCUGGAUAAAUUGGAGGCAGGUUGCUCUACCCAGGCUCCUGCAAACCAAAAUGUUUCCAGUCACCCACUCACUGAUGCCCGGUAAUUCUUUAGCAUCUAUUUCAUUCCUCAAAUCUAUUAACCCCUCGCACAUGGUCUCAUCUCAUCUUAAAAAGGACAUUCUGGAGGGCAAGGAUGUCAACCUGGUCUCGCUGCUCAUUGCCUCCCAGGAUGUCCUGGAGAAUAGGACUUUUGCAUACGGGGAUAUUUCAGUGGUCCUAAGGGCACCCCCGGUUGAGCAAAAAACUGUCCAUCCCUGAAUUUGUGCUGGGUUUUGGAAUUUAUAAGGACGUCUACUGCUCAUUAUACCCUGAGAAAAGUGCUGAGUUAGACGUAUACAUGCACAAGAUGGUGGAUCUGGGGCACAGAUACGGUGGUACUGCUUUUUAUGAUAACCACCGUUCCUUCUCUGCAAAGGUGGCUGCAGCUCUGACUCAGUUCAAUUUAAGCAUAAAUUGGAGCAAAUUGGACACAGUUAUUCUGCAGACACUUUGCAGGCCUCAGACUCCCAGCUUGUGCAUCUAAUGCACAUAGCACCAAUUGCUUCCCAAAUACGGCUGAAACUGAACAGGGCCUAGCUGUCCCAAAUUUCCAAAGACCUGCCAGAGGCUUAAAGGACAAAUUUUGUAGGGAUAUUAUAUUCCUAGGCAAAUCCCAGAUUUGUAAUAAUUUUAAUGCGGAAAUUGUGGUUUUAGCGCCUGUAGGCUGAUGCAUGUGUUUUCCCACUGUUUCAGCGCUCAUUCAAGGACAAUGUGCCCAAAUAAAGCUUUUCCCAAACCGUAUCACACGUGUGUGAACCUCAAGUUAUUGGCUACUCUGUUACGACAACACCCUUCACACCAUUUCAUUGACUACAUUAUCACUGGACUAACUGAAGGUUUUCACACGAGGCCAAUUUCAAUAAGUUAAGGGAAGCUUUACAAUAUAUUGACUGGCAUAAACUCUCUAGUGAAAAGAACACUGAGGAUAAAUGGAUCAUCUUCCAACAAAUAUUAGAAAGGCAUUUCUCAGUAUGUACCAUUGGGAAAUAAAUAUAAAAUAAACAAUGUUGCUUAGUAGAGAAGUAAAACGAGAUUAAAAAUAAGAAAAGGGCAUUUAAAGCAUUUAAAUCGGACAAAUCAGAUGCAUGUUCUAAAAGAUAUAAGGAAGCAAAUAAUGCGUGCAAAAAGGCAAUUAGAUUUGCUAAACUUCAAAAUUAAAAAAUUAUAGCUAUAGAGAGCAAAACCAACCCCAAAGCAUUUUUUAAGUACAUCAAUUCUAAAAAACCCAAAAAUGAAAGUGUAGGUACACUAAAAACUGAAACGGGUGUGUUAGUUAAUGAAGGCGAGGAAAAGGCAGGAAUUUUAAAUAACUAUUUCUCCUCCAUAUAUAUUAAGGAAGAACCCAUGGCAAUAGAUGAGCAAAUGAUUGCUACUAAAAACUUGCAGAAUAAUUGUAAUUGGUUGACUCAAGACAAGGUUCUGCAGCAACUAAAGAAAGUUAAUAUAAACAAAGCUCCAGGGUCUGACGGUAUCCAUCCACGAGUACUUAAGGAACUAAGUGUAGAAAUAAGUGAACCUCUGUUUUUAAUCUUUCUAGAUUCUUUUCUUUCAGGAAGUGUUCCGGAGGAUUGGAGGAAGGCAGAUGUGGUUCCUACAUUCAAAAAGGGUUCAAAAUCCUUGCCUGGAAAUUAUAGACCUGUGAGCUUAACUUCUGUGGCUGGGAAAAUAUUUGAAAGGUUAUUAAGGGAUAAUAUUCAAGAAGUCCUUGAGAAGAACAUGGUUAUCAGCAAAAAUCACGGUUUUAUGAAGCACAGGUCAUGUCAAACUAACUUGAUUGCGUUCUACGAAGAAGUAAGUAGAAGUAUAGAUCAGGGUGUUGCCGUGGAUGUGAUCUAUUUGGAUUUUGCCAAGGCAUUUGAUACAGUUCCACACAAUAGAUUAGUGUUCAAACUCAAGGAAAUCUGUCUAGAUGAAAAUGCUUGUUCUUGGGUAGAACAUUGGCUUAAAAACAGAGUACAAAGAGUUGUCAUUAAUGGUAAAUUUUCAAGCUGGACAGAGGUGGCAAGUGGUGUCCCUCAGGGGUCUGUUCUGUGACCCCUUCUAUUUAACACGUUUAUAAAUGAUCUUGAAGACUGCAUUGAAAGUCAUUUUUCAGUGUUUGCAGAUGACACAAAACUCUGUAAAAUAAUACAAUGUGAGCAAGAUAUUACUUUGCUGCAGAGGGAUUUAGAUAGACUGGGGGACUGGGCACUCAAAUGGCAGAUGAAAUUUAAUGUUGAAAGUUAUGCACUUCGGCGUAAAGAAUACACAAGCAAUGUAUACCCUUAAUGGAAGCCCAUUAGCGAUAACAACACACAAAAAGGCACAAUCCAACUUGUGACUCAAAGUUGGUAUGGAUAGAUAUACCAGGGUCAAUAGGGGAGAUAGAGAGACCUAAUAGAGCAAUUGCAUCAGAAAUGGGACAGGAUUAAUAGCCAUACUGCAAGUAGAUCAAAGAAGGCUACCAAUAGGGAUAUAUAUAGGACUGAGUCCACCCUAUUGCUCCUGAAUGAAACACCUUCAAGGGUGUUCUAUGCUGUCCCUAGUAGUAUAUAACGAGAGCUCAACAAAGCUAUAAAGCGGACAGUGCAGGUUCAGAGUUAAGUCCCCAUUGCUCCUAAACCAAACACCUUCAAGGGUGUUCUAUACUGUCCCUAAAGAGAAAUGGAAACGAAAGAGGCUCCCUACCAAUUGUCCCCUAGACCACAUAACUCAAUGCUGAAAAAAUGAAAAUAAAAAUAAUAAAUCAAACACCUAGUGCCGCCAUGUGUAAAAAAAAAAAACUAACAAAAGGACCCUACUAGAUGCCCUACUCAGCUACUAGAUGCAUACUUGCCAAAACAGAAUAUUUCAAUGUAGGGUAAUAACUGCUUGAUCCAAGGAUAAAUCUGACUGCCAUUCUGGGGUCAAGAAGGAAUUUUUUUCCUAGCUUAUUGCAAAAUUGUGCUUCUUUGCCUUCUUUUGGAUCAACAGCAAAAAACAAAUGUGAGGAAGGCUGAACUUGAUGGACGCAAGUAUCUUUUCAGCUAUGUAACUAUGUAACACCGGGUUGGUUCACUUGCCAACCGGUACACUAGAAUGUGACUAUUUACAAUCCUCAUUAGACGAUCCGCAGUUAGUACACAUACUUAUCGUCACUGAGGUGAAACAAGGGUUUUUGUUGGGUCCGUUCAUUUCCCACCCUUCACAUCCUGGAGAACCAAUCCCAUAGGGGUUGUCACAGGGAAAACUUCACUCAAACCUAGACUGAUAAUUGAUAUGUCAGCACCACAUUCCUCCACUAUCCCCAGCCUUAAUUCACUCAUACCUUCCGAAGAAUUUUCAUUACACUAUGUCACUAUCAAUCAUGCCAUAGGGGCCAUUUUAAAGGCUGGUACAGGUGCAUGGUUAAGUAAAACUGAUGUGGUAAAUGCCUUCAAAUUGCUUCCCAUGCACCCUUCCCUGUGGCAUCUUAACAGCAUUAAAUGGCAGGGUUUGUAUUUUUUUCUUCACACGUCUCACUUUUGGCUCCAAAGGCAGCCCGAGAAUUUUUGACACGUUUGCGGAAUCUUUGUGUUGGUUGUUACUUAAUGUGUGUAGAUGUCCUUCGGUUAUUCACUACCUAGAUGAUUUCCUCACGAUUGAGAAUAGCACACUCCCCCCUCCUCCCCCAAGUAGCCUGACACACAUGUUGGCUCUGUUUGAAUCCCUCACUAUCCCAGUCUCCCCUCACAAAACUUUAGGUCCGGACACUAGCAUGCAAUUUUUGGGGAUCCAAUUAGUCUCUAUCCAUAUGCUUGCCUCCCACAGGAUAAGAUUGAGCGCACCCUGGCAAGCAUUGAACACUAUCUACUACGAGGUUAUUGCACCUGGAAGGAACUGCAAUGCUGCUGGGGUCACUCAAUUUUGCUAUGAGAAUUAUUACACAGGGUAGAUCCUUUAUAUCCCACUUACUAUCUUUAUUUCCACUAUUCACCUCAGACAAUUCACGUAUCACUUUAGAUGAUCACACAACCUCUGAUUUAUGUAUGUGGGUUUUUUUUUUCUUACCUCUUGGAAUGGGCGAGCCAUCUUUAUACCACCCCCCUCUGACACUUCACCUACACUAUGGACAGAUGCUGCAGCAAAAAACUGUUUUGCAGCCAUCUGGGGAGAUCAAUGGCUUUGGGAACCUUGGCCGACCCAAGUUAAAUCCCUGCCCAGCUUCUCCGAUACCUCAGCUUUAUUUGGCCAUUGCCUGGGGACCAAACUGGUCCGGUCUCCCGGUUAGGUGUUACUCAGAUAAUUUAGCUAUGUGCCAUAUUGUAAAUAAAGCCCGGUCUUCAUCUCUGGUAAUUGAGACUGUUGAGACGACUCACAUGGGUAGCAGCCACUUGUCAAUUCUUUAUCACCUGUAUACACAUUCCAGGGUACACAAACACCUCAGCUGACCACUUGUCUCGGUUUCGUUUUCACGCUUUCUUCUUGACACUACCCAUCGCUUCCAGUCUGGCUAUUCCUGCCCCACCAUUUUAAGACAUGAUAAUGGAUUGAAGGCUUUGUUAAACUACGCACGUCACAUUUCUUAUCUUGCACUUUCGGUAAAAGUGCAAGGUGAUAGGGCCUUUCACGUAUUCACGAAAUUUAAAACUACAUUUCACAUCCACGACAUGUUUGCGUUAGAAUCAAUAUUAGGGUUCACUUCUUUUUGCCACAUUAACCUGAAAUUAUCUUUUAAAACCAUAAAGCUGUACCUUACAGGCUUCCAGCACCACAUACUUUUUUUUUUUUUUAUUCUUUUUUUUUUACUCAAUAGAGAUAGCAUGUGCAGAUCAACUUUUGGGCUUACGCAGAAGCCACCUUGAUAAACAUUUCGGAAACAUUAUACAGUUCGACAAGAAAAAAAACAGUAUGAGCCCCAUCUUUGGCUUUAACCAUUGGCUUCUGGAGUGAGCCAUGCUGUCGCUAUUGCUCGGCGUGCACACAAAGUGAUCUUAUGUGCUAAUUUCUGUUCCUGUGUGGUCCAUCCGUCCACAGAUCUGUUCAAUAAGUAGAUCCAUGGGUCCAAUCUCAGUGGUCUAUCAAAUAUCUGCUUCAACAGAUCUUCCACAGACUUCCAGAAUCCGCAUAUCUUUGAGCACUCGCACCACAUGUGUAUAUACGUCCCUUGGGCUCCGCAUCCCCUCCAGCAAUCGUCAGUCUCUAGUUUGUUCAUCAUAUGUAAUUUAAUCGGGGUGGUAUACCAGCGGAACAUAGUUUUCCAAGCCUGCUCCUAUAGGGUGACACACAUUGAGAUUUUAGAGUUUGCCUCCCAUAUCUCCCGCCACUCGACUCCCUCUAAAGUCUCCCCGAGAUCUUUCUCCCAUUGGACAGUGUAUGUUAACCUUCCCCAUUCUCCAUUUUCUUCACUGAGAUGAGCGUACAAUAGUGUGAUCAGCCCCUUGGGUGUCCCCCUGUCUGAGCACAUCCUCUCGUAGAAGGUGGGUGUCCCCAAGGCAGCCUUUUUAAGAUGUGGUUUCUUGGCGAAAUCUCGUAUUUGAAUGUACCGGAAGAAAUCUGCCGGGGUUAAGUGGUUACCCAAUUGAAUAUCUGCAAAUUGGAUGACCUCUUCAUUAUGAUACAGCUGAUGCAACCGUUGCAGUCCAGUACGUUCGAUGUUGCGGAAAUCUCUGGGGGCCAUACCAGGCGGGAAUUCUCUGUUCCUUAGAAGUGAGGUCAGAGGGGAAGGGGAUGAUGCCAGCCUAUAUUUGGUGUUACACAUGCCCCAUAUUCGAAUCGAAUUGAGUAUCGCUGGGCAUGUAAUCCGUAUCUCCGGUCUGUGUUCCUUGGGGACCCACAUCGUAAACUGGGGGACGUCCACCCCCACCAUCAAAGAUUCUAUGUCCACCCACCGCCUCUCUUCCGGUGCAGAGUGCCACAUGGCUACCUGCAUCAAUUGUGCCGCUAGGUAAUAGAAGAAGAGGUUCGGAAGGCCCAAGCCCCCUCUAUCUUUAAGUCUAUACAAUAUCUGUUUGGAAAUUUUCUGUCUCUUGUUCUGCCAUAUGAAAUUACCUAUGGACCUUUGCAGUGGGAUCAGUUGUGUCUUCGUGACUCGGAUGGAUAACGCCUGAAAGAGGAACAAUAAGCGUGGCAGGAUGUUCAUUUUUACGGAAUUUAUCCUACCUUAUCUGCCCAUUUGUCUAGGUCCCCCAUCAGCUCUCCAAGCAUAGGGGCGUAGUUAGCUACAUAUAAGCGUUCUGGAUCAGCCGUUAUAUUGAUCCCUAGAUACUUCAGGGAGUCAGUUUCCAUACGGAUUUGGUACACCGCCUGUAACCGAGCCGUGUCAACUUGAGACAGGCAUAUCGGGAGCGCACUGGACUUUUGGAUGUUCGCCUUGUAUCCGGAUAACACACCGUAUUCUAAAUUGACUCCCUGAAGUGCUACCAUUGAUUCUAGCGGAGACGUGACGGUUAAGAAAACGUCGUCCGCAUAAGCUGAAACCUUGAAGUCUUUGUCUUUGUCUUUGUCCCCCAUUCUGACACCUGUAAUGUUUGGAUGUUGGUAUACAUUGCUUUCGUUGUUGCUAAGUAUUCCUGCAGGAAGCCCAUGCACUUCAGAACUGGAAAAAUAAAUUGCCACCGAACUCUAUCGAACGCCUUUUCAGCGUCUAAGGAAACCACUAACGUGGGGGUCUUUGAAGUCACCUGUUUCCAUAUAAGAUCCACAUUCCUCCUAGUAUUUUCGAACAAUUGUUUACUUGGGAUAAACCCAACCUGAUCUGCAUGGAUGAGAGAAACCAACAGUGGGUUCAGCCUGUCCGCCAGUAUUUUCGCCAAGAUCUUCAGAUCGUGGUUGAUCAAUGAGAUGGGCCUGUAGUUUUCCGGGUAAUGGGGGUCCUUUCCCGGUUUUGGCAAGAGUACUAUAGUCGCCAGUGACAUUUCAGAUUCCAGUUGUCUGCUGUGCCGUAAGCGAUCAAAGAGUCGGACCAGUUGUGGUGUGAGUUCUUCUCUGAAUAUCUUGUAAUAUGAGCCAUCAAAACCAUCUGUCCCCGGCACUUUGUUGCCUUUCAGGUUCGAGAUAGCUUUGUCCACGGCUUCGUCCGAAAUGGAUGCUGCCAGAGUACGCGUUGCCUCAGCACUCAGUUUAGCCAUCCCUAGCCUAUCUAGGUAUCGUACGAUAUACUCCUCCUCGUGCACCCCAUGAGCUUCCAUCCGGAGUGUGGUUAUAUAAUCUUUCAUAGAAACCUUCAAAACUCUUUGCAAUCUCUGCCGGUCUCGUUCUGGUCGUGCCAUCGGGAUGUUUGAUCGCUGUCGUGUGGGUCCUUCCUUGCCUUGGCCUCAAUGUUCUAGCUAAUAGGGUGUCCAUUUUGUUUGCCUUUUCGAAAAAAGUCCUUUUCGACCAGGUCAUGGCUUUAGCCGUGUCGUCCAGUAGUAAAGUGCAGAUAUCCCUUCUUACUGCUUCCAAUUGUGCGAAGAUGCUCGCCGAUGGUGUCGUUUGGUGUUUAUGUUCAAGGGUUCUAAGUUGACCCAGUAAAGAUUCCAGUUUUUGGUGUUUCAUUUUCUUUUUUCUGGUGGCCAGUUUAAUUAGGGUCCCCCUAAUGACCACUUUAUGGGCCGCCCAAACUGUACUCGUGCUCACAUCGGGGGUGGUGUUCAACUCGAAGUAAUCAAUGAUUCCUUUCCUGGUCUGUUCCAGUAUCUCCGGGUCUCUAAGCAGGGACGUGUUCAACUUCCACGUCCACGGCGAAGCAACACAGAGGUUGCCUAACGUGAUUGAUAUAUCUGCGUGGUCCGACCAAGAUAUGUUGCCCACCUGCGAUCCGACCCUUCGGGACAUGCCCGCUGCGUUAGUCAGGAAGAGGUCUAUCCUGGAGUUCCGUAGGGAGCCAAGUAAAAAGUGUAGUCUUUUACCCCUGGAUGUUGAGCUCUCCAUAUGUCCACUAGUCCCGUUCCAACUAUGAAGUCUUUAAGUAGACGAUCCUGACUGCCCCUACCCUGCGACCUAGGGGUACCCGUCCGCGAACUUCUAUCCACAGCAGGGCACGGGGCUGCGUUGAAAUCGCCUCCCAAAAAUAUCAUUUCGUGAGGCAGCCCAGAUAUUUUCUCCUGAAUCCUUCUCCAAAACCCCGGGUCCGGCUGAUUCGGUGCGUAUAUAUUAACCAAAUGGUUGGCACGCGAAUGUAGGACGCCCGAGACAAUAACAAAACGUCCCUCCGUGUCCGCUUCAUAGUGCGUUUCACGGAAGGGGCAUCUACUUAUAAUAAGGAUCGCCACCCCAUUGCGCUUGCGAUGGGACUUGGCUUCAUAGGAGCCGGCAAAAGCGUGGUCUUUCAGCUUGAACUUGGCCUGUUUAGGCAAAUGAGUCUCCUGGAUAAACGCAAUGUCCGAUAUCAUUCUUCUCAGUUCUUUGUACAGGAGUCUGCGCUUCCUUGGGGCGUUCAAGCCCUUGACGUUCAGAGAAACUACCUUAAUCUCCAUCAGGCUGCUUGGUUAGGGCCCUAUAGGAAUCACCAACGCCACUCAUCUUGGCUCGUCUCCUGUCAUGGCUCCGGGAUAAACCCAUUGAUGGACCCCCGCCGUCCCUCCGGAGAAGAGAAAAGAGAAAAAAAGGAAGGGAAAAGAGAAAAUAAAGUAUAGAAAACGGACUGCAUCCGGACACAGUCCAGACAAUGCCAGAAUAAUAUGGGGAACGUCAUCCCAUUUCCCCGCCACGAUCAACGUUUGGAGGAACAAUGGAUUCCUGAGCUCCUCCACCUAGGCGCCACUCAUGUGAUACUUGGACCUCUAUGUUAACCGAUAAUGCAAUUGUAUUAUUCAGCCUAUUAGCGCCCCUCUCUCUCCCUCCAGUGGCUCUAGCUCUGCCUGGGAGUCCCAUCGCUAGUCUCCGCCCCCCACGGGCCCAGAAAGGGGCCAAGAAGUGCCCAUUCACUAUACUCUUUGGUAUCACGGUCCCCUCUCUCUAGGUGUGCUCCUCCCCCCUCCGCUACCCCGUAUAGCCACUUUGAACAUCACACAAUGUAACUCAAACAUUCAAUUACAGUAGCGUUGUGGGACAGUGUUCCCGAAACAUUCUGUGUGGAGCACUCACAUAGGAAAACAACAGUUUUUCUGGCAUGUUUCUUUUAUGUAGUUAUUGUUUUUAAUUGUUAUAAUUACAAAUAUAGAUAUUCUUUAUUUAUUAUUUUAUUUUUAAGUGUUAAAUUAACUUUCAUUAUGGUUGGGCUUGGGGUGUGUCCCUCUCUUCUCCUCUUUCUUUCUUACUAUCGUUUGUUUUCUUUGUUCUUAAUUUUACUGUAUUUUUGAAGUUUUAAAUUAAAUUACUGUUCCGGUUCCGUCCUCCUUCUCCGCGCCCUGUGAAAUUUGCAGCUCCACCUUAUUCCCUUUUUCUCCCCCAAUGCCACUCUUUAGUUAUAACACAUUCCUAUCCCGAAUCAACUAGACUCCCCCUUUAAGGACAGUCUAUCCACUCUGCAUAUGUGGCGUACACUGCCCGUUGCCUGCGGUCGUGGGACUUAUAAAGGAGGGGCCUGCGAACAUAUCUGCGGGUAAUUGUCCCCUCACCCAUCCAUAUCCACAAAGAAAAAUAAUGAUAUAGGAGACCAAACAAACUAAAAUAGAAAUAAAAAAAUAAAUAACUGCCCACACAACUCCCUUAUAGCUGCCCAUUCGAGGCAGAUCCAGCCCCUAACCGUCAUGAGAAUCGCCAACCCGGGCGGAUAGUCACCCCCACCGGCCGGCCCCUGUCGGGACUGUCCCCUGACCGGCCAGCGGGGGCAAGCAGCCGCACAGGGAGCAACCCCGCCGACAGUGAGCUACCUAUGAUAAGUUCCGCCUGCGGCCUCCAAACUGCACUUGUGGGUAACCACACAGGACUAAUACCGUCCGGGGUUCACGUUCGUCAUGGAAUGUAGGGGCCAGGGGUGAGUGUCCAGGAAGCCCAAGCUAGGAGGUUGUUCGCCUGUACCAUGACCCCAGCAAUGCAAAAAUAAUUUGUUAUUAAGGUCGCACGUUCUGUGCAGGCGACAAACCUAAAAUGAAUAGUACUCGAGUCUGAUUACUGUCUCUUCGCAUUGUCUGAUGACCUUUUACCGGCCAGUGUCAUGCCUCAUUUUCAAACUUGUCACGACGGUUUAGUUCACCGUGCAAAUCAACCUAGCUGUCACAUCCCUAUUGGUUAUCUCUUUACCUCCCGUCCAUUACCCUUAUUUCCUCCCUCCCCAACCCAUCCCCUGCUUUCCGGUCCCCGCUUUCAGAUCAACCAGAAGCCCACCCUCCCCUCGCCCCGCACCCCCCAAACAUUAUCUCGUCACCCUACACGUCUUUUUUAUUUGUUUGUGUGGUUUGCUUUUUUUUUUUCUUUUCUCCUUUUUCUUCUUUUUUUCUUUCUUCCUUUUCCCAUCCCUUACAGUCCCUUUUUUUUCUUUUUUUUUUUUUCCUUUUAAUAAUUAAUUAACUUUUGAAUAAUAUUCCUUUUUCUCUUUUAAGGGAACUUCACGCUUAGUGAAAGGAUAUACGGGUGAUAUGCCCUGCAACCCCCAGGUAGUAGAAAACAUAUCGAACAAAUACCACAACGGGACAAUAGUGUCUAUAUAAAGCGAAAGAUGUGCCGGGUCUUCGGGCACAUCCCCAGACCCCGUCCGAAGGGAACAUGAGGCAUCAGAGGCCUAGCCCCGGGGAUAAGUGCAUCGGCUCCAAAAGGUACCAGCUACCGUCCUUCGCUGCACCCCGGGUUCCACGUGGAGGAAACGGCUGGGUGAAACAAGGGCCUCCAGGGGACCUAAUAUGGGGCCGCAACCCCAGAGCGCAAAAAAAAAACCAAAAAACUAAAUCGAGGCAAAGGAGAGCGAUGGAUUACGGGAGCACAGAUUACAAAAAAGUAUCCCCACGGAGAGAAAACAAAAAGAAAAAACAGGACCAAACCCAGGGGACCCCAAAACCCCCGCCCAAACAGUGCUUCUAAUGUCCACAGAACCCCCAAUAGAGAGAGUCUCUCACUUUGGCCAACAGAAGGCGGGCGGCCAGCACAGUGAGGAAACGUGCCCUCCAGAAAACCCAUGCCCAAGCCCCCCGCCCCACCAACAUCGAGAUUCACAGCCGCCCAAGGAGAAAAAUAGGCAUGAAGAUAAAAGGUGGUAUACGAUACCGCUAUCAAUCAGUGCUGGCUCCUGGGUCCCACUCCGCCUGAAGGUGUGGAAGCACUUCCGGACACAUUGCUAAGUUAGGCAGGUCUGGGGGUGGUUGUAUUCCCAGGCCCUGGAACAGGCGCUUCGGGUCUCCUCCCGGCGUCAAGAUGUGGGCUCUGCCGUCGCGGAACACCAGUAAUUUAAAGGGGAAACCCCAAGCAUACUUCAGGCCUGCCUCUCGCAAGGCCCCAGUGAUGGGCCGCCAGUCCCUCCUCCUCCAUAGCAUCUAAGGGGCCAAGUCCUGGUAGAGAGAGAUUAGGGCUCCGUCGUGCCGGAUAGGCCCAUCCCUGCCCCUCUUCAUCAAAGCUUCUUUUGUCUUGUAAUGUAGGAAGUUAACUAUAACAUCCCUAGGGGUAUUGGCAUCAGUUCUCUGCGUUUUCAUUGCUCUAUGUGCCCUCUCAAUAUGCCACUGUUCCUCCGGGAUGGUCGGAAGGAGGGGCUUAAAAAUUGAUUGCAAGAGCUCGUGCAGGUCUUUAUCCGGCCCUUCUGGUAAGCCCCUCAGGCGGAGGUUAUUCCUCCUAAAGCGGUUGGCCAUGUCUUCCAGGGCUAGGUCCAUAUCAACCACAUGGGUAGUCAUGCGAUUAACUCUGUCGGCUACCUCAUUGUGGGCCUGAGUUGUAGCUUCCAUGCGGUCUUCCAACUUAGCCGUGCGCUCUCCCAGGGCACAGAUAUCAGCCUGCAAAACGGCCGUUGAUUUAGCUAUUUCACCCGCGAGGAAGGUUUUCACCUCAGCUAGUUUAGCGAGGACAGUGCUCUGGUCUGCGGAUAGGGACUCUCUAUCUGCGCCAGGUGAGGAGUGCGUGGAACCCCCGUCGCCAUCUUGGCUGCCGGCACUGCCGUGCCGGUGCGCUGUAAGGAGGUCGAGAACGGAGCCACCGGACUCCGUGGCCCUCUUGGCCUGCUUCUUGGGGAGUCUCCUUUCCAUAGUAGGGUGUUAGGGAAGGGGGAAUUGCCCAAAUAAAGGUUGCUUCUGUAGUUUAUGGUGGAGCGGAGCUCUAGUGAAGCACGACUGGUCUCAUCAGCUGUCAGGCCACGCCCCCCCCAGCACCACAUACUUAUUCGACAACCCAACGCAACAGGUUUCCUGUCAUCAUAUCAAAAAAAAAAAAAUUAGACACACACGUCCCCUCUCAUAGAUUACCCAUAGACAACGACAUUUUCCACUCGCUAUACAACUUAUUAGAUUCUUCUCCUUUUGAACCCAUGACUAAUACCGUGAUCAAAACAGCCAUAUAAUUUAGCUUUUUAUGGGUUCCUCUGUCCCAACGAAUUUACAGCUAGGAACAUUACUACCCCAGACUACCUGAGAAUGAUUGACUUACAGAGAAACACCGACCAUUACGUUCUAUCCUUAAGACAAUUCAAAACCAGCACCAUACGACAUACUAUUAAAAUUCCCUUGUAUCCUACUCAAAACAAGUGGUGCCCGGUACAAGUCUUGGACACUUAUUUCCUUUCAGUCCAGAUACAACCACAUCAACCCCUGCUUGAACUGCAUGGAUACACACUUACCACAGCAAAAUUCAUGCUUUACGUUCGGCUGCUGUUGACUCUGCUCGGCCUAAAUCCCAAUCAUUUUUCAGGACAUUCUUUUCGUAUAGGGGCUGCAUCUUCAGCCUCCGCUAAUCACAUAGCCGCUCAUAUCAUCAAGGCUAUGAGACGCUGGAAAUCCUCCGCCUACACUCUCUACAUACCAAAUCCAGUUAAAGAAUUAAGACAAGCUUUCUAUGACUUAUCCAAAUAAAUGAAGUUGGUUACACAUUGUUUUAUGGUAUUUUAUUUUGCCCACUUUUAUUACAUGCCCACUGCUUUGUCGGUUCCGGCACAUCACAACCGACUGGUGUGAACUUAUUGUUGUUAUGAUUAUAAUAUGCUAGAUUUCUGUUUUACGGCUAUAUUGCCCCGACUACAAAUGUUAAGGCCUUGGCCUGUAGUUGUGGGAGGGGCUUAGAUCCCCUAUAAAAAGGCUGCCAAUCCUCUCACCUUACCGUUGCUGGUCUGACAAGUCACCCCUCCCACCACUCCCUCUAUUCAUAGCACCCUCUAAGGUGAGCCCACUUUUAUUACAGGCCUACUGCUUUGUCGGUUCCGGCACACCACAACCGACUGGUGUAAACUUGUUGUUGUUAUGGUUAUAAUAUGCUAGGUUUCUGUUUUUCAGCUAUAUUGCCCCGACUACAAAUAUAUUCGUGGUCGGUUAAUAUCGUUAUUGUGAAAUACCUUGUGAUUGGAAUUAAGUUGGGGUGGUGUGCCGGAACCGACAUAGGGGGUAGGCCUGUAAAAGAGGGCCCCCCGAAUGGAUUGUAUAAGAGGGUGAGGUGGGUGGGGUGAACAGCGUGCGUACAGCAAGGUAGGAAGUGGGGAGUAGCGUUUAUAUAGGAACGCUAACUCCUCCCACAAAUACAGGCCUUCGGCCUUAAACUUGUGGUCGGUUAAUAUUGUUAUCGUGAAAUACCUUGUGAUUGGAAUUAAGUCGGUGUGGUGUGCUGGAAACGACGUAGCGGGUAGGCCUGUAAAAGAGGGCAAAAGGAAAUGCAAGAAAAACACACUUAUUGCAAUAUAUUUAUCCCAUAAGAUUUGUUUCCCUUACCUCUUAUCCAUUGUGGAAUGUUCUGUAUAACGUAGCUGACUUCUAGUGAACCUAAUUUAUUAUGUGUACCGGCGUACUGCUACUGGAUGUGGUACUUAUUGAAAUGUAUGUCCUAAAUAGGAGUCAGGGUCCCAACCUAAUCUAAUGCAAGGAGUAUGAAUGUAGAACCGCAUUAGUAGUUAGGGAAUUAUUUAGUAGAUCGAGUGUCUUGAUUGUCUGAUUUGAAUGUUGGCGUGACAUGAGGUAGUGCCUGUCCCUUCUUAAAUCUCCCUUGAGGAGACAUGACCUGCCAGUCUGAUAAGCUGUGAUCGUGAAGUUGUAGGGCUCUGGAACCCUUGGAAGGUUAAAGGCACAGGUUUAAGACAGGGUUGUGGUACGGAUGCUGUCUAGGGAGUCUGAUACUGCCCGUAAUUCCCAUCUAUGGAUGUAUGUUAUUGUGGAGUGAUGAACCAGUUAUUUAUACCUUGAUAUCUUAUGGUAAGCAUUUAAGAAGACUGGGUAUGGUUUGAAAGGCUUGUCAGAACGUGUUGUUGUAUGUCUGAUUGGUAUAGUGCGAUAGUGUUGUAUGGAGGUUUGAAUGAAAGGUGGCAAAAAUGUGGCAUAAUAGACUACAGUUUGAACGGUAUGCUUGUGGAUGUUGUGUUCCACUGAGUCUUGGAAGAAUGUCACAUCUCUGUUGUCUGUAUUCUUAGUGAAAGCGAAUAACGAUAUAGGUGAUAACUUGUCGAGCCCCAAUAGCCGGGCGACCGGAUGGGGACGUUGAAAUGCGGGUUAUGCUUGGGUGUUUGUCAGUUGGGUGCGGUACAAGACCUAGUGUCUCUUGUCAGUAAUCCCUAAUAGUUAUGUAAAUGCUUCAACCCAGGAUAGUGGUUUCAUCUGUACAAAAGAUUGGAAGUUGGUCGGGACCAGGCGGGAUGAACACAGUAACCCAAUUCCGAGCUCUAAUGACUCCCCCCACCUGAUCAGGUCUGCCUUGCCAGAGGAUCUAAUAAUAGAUCUUUCAAUUUCAAGUUCCCCGCUGAAGGGACUUGUUCGUCUUCAUGACUGCACAUGAUCUUAUCCUCAGGAGACUUGAUUGUAUGGUACCGUAAUUGGUAUGAACCUAUGACAUGAAGCCUGCGAGAGAAUUAGGCGAAUAUCAGGGUGUUAAGGCAUAGAUUGCGACUGAAGAGGAGCAGGCAGAUCAAUGUGUUGUUUAUUAGAGUAUUGCUGGUAGUUUACAGUGUGUGAUACGUGUCUAGCCGAGGAGAAUGGAACAUCUAGGGUACCUACUGGGAGUGACCCUCACCCAAUGUGUAACCCAUGUCUAAUGAUUAAAUCACCAAGUGCGGGGACGAAUGUGACUCAUGCAUAACAUCAAGCUUAUUCCCUCUGUACUCAUGACCUUUGAUAUGAUAUAUACGGGCAGAUGGUUUUGACCUCAGCCCCAAGGCAUAUGGCGCAUAUGUGAAGCAAUUCGCAGUUGGUAGAACUACAUAUGCUUGUGUUGAAAUCAACAAAAAUUAGCGGGUUACUACUUAGAAAGUGAGGGGGGGGUGAAAGGUGAUGCGGGGGGCCAACCCUGCGCGUUGGUGGGAGUAAGUGUUUAUGUGGACCCUACGGGAGGAGGGCCUAUCUGAGCCGGACUGGUGCUCUCUAAGUUAGACAGUCUAUUGUUGAAAGACUGAAGCGUAGCCAGAAUGGAGUUUAGAUUCCCUAUAAUGCCUGCGAUUUCUCCUUGUGAGCUGGUCCCCAACACAGAAUUCUCAGUGUCCGGCUCCGAGGUUGCGCUAACGAGGGAUGGUUCUUUCCUUCUUGAGACAUACUGGGGGAAAAAAUUCCACAACAAGCAUGAAUUGAUUAACAAUACAGUUGAGAAAUGUAGAACUGGCUUCCUAACUAUUGCCGAAGCGAAAAUCUCUUUACCCCGUGACAAGUGAGGCCCUGCUAGUUGCCAAGUGGCUGUUGAGAGGCUCUACCUAUUAUUUGGUCGCGGGGCUCGAGCCACUAGCGUGGUGGCGGCCUCUCGGUGACAUAAAAAAAGAUCCAAAAACGUGUGGCCGUGACACCCGAUAGGUGGGUGAAUGUGAGGCUCUAACUAUGAUUUUGGCUGAGGGGCGAAAAUCUCCGUGUUGAGAUUGGGGAGUUGGCCUCGCGGGACCAGCUACGUUGUACAACUAAGGCCAGCUCUUAACCCUAGACAGCCAAUUCUCUGACCCUAGACGGGGGCUUGAUGAGGGGGUAGUGCAACGUAUUUGGAGUAACGAGUCGUGAUUGUGAAAGGAACCUUGAGACUCCUAUGUCAGAGAAAGAGAACAAGGAAGGGGGAGAAAGGAGGAAGACAGAAGAGAAAAUCAGCUGUGGUGGAGGGAGAGGAGAGAGAGAAAAUUACGUUUAGCAUCGUGUAGUUCUUAGAGACAUAGCUGAUAGUAUUGUGUACUUAGGUCCUGAAGGUGCUGAAGAUUCCCCUGGUGGCUACUAUAUAACCCUGCAAGGAGAUUUAGGAAGGCGUCGUGCCAUGAAAGCAUGAUAGUACGUGACGGAAAGUGGAAGAGAAAUGAGCAAGGUUGUUAGAAACAGGAUCAUUGUUUACGGAUAGUGAGUUUGAUUGGACGUAUGACGUGUUAUCGAGUGGAGCCGUGGCCUGUUGAGGCAAGACGGGAAUCAAGCCCCCGUACCCUAAUACCCCUAUGUGUAAAUGCGUGGCCUUGUUAAGGCAGUUUAUUGAAAUGUGAACGAAAUGUGUUUGUACCUGAAAGAGACAGGAGCAGGGCCGGACUGGCCCACCGGGAUACCAGGAAAUUUCCCGGUGGGCCGUGGCACCUGAGGCCGGUCUGACAGCUCCUGUGAUCCCGGCGGCCAUGUGUGAGCUGUGUGGCCGCACAGAGCCCCAUGGGAGCAGGGGGAGCCAGGCGGCUGGCACAGCUCACACAUGGCCGGCCGGGAUUUAAAAAAAAUAAAAAUAAAAAUUGCGGCGGGGCUUAGCGUGCGGCGGGGGCGGGGCUUACUGUGUGGCGGGGGCCUGGCUGACUGCAGCAUGGGAAGCAGGGAGUCCCUGCUUCCCCAACAACCAGCCUCCAGGAGCUCCACGCAGGAGGGAAGAAGCAGUGUGUCUGUGUGUGUGUGUGACUGUCUGUGUGUGACUGCCUGUGAGUGUGUGACUGACUGUGAGUGUGUGACUAUGUCUGUCUGUGAGUAUGUGACUGUGUGUGUGUGUGUGUGUGUGUGACUGUCUGCCUGUGUGUGUGUGUGUGUGUGUGACUGUGUGCCUGUGUGUGUGUGUGUGUGUGUGUGUGUGUGUGUGUGUGUGUGUGCGUGACUGUCUGCCUGUGUGUGUGUGACUGUCUGCCUGUCUUUGUAUGUGUGGGUGUUUGCCUCGGUGUCAGUGACUGUCUGCCUGUGUGUGACUGUCUGCCUGUGUGUGACUGUCUGCCUGUGUGUGUGUGGCUGUCUGCCUGUGUAUGUGUGUGGCUGUCUGCCUGACUUUGUAUGUGUGGGUCUUUGCCUCGGUGUCAGUGACUUUCUGCCUGUGUGUGUGUGUGUGUGUGGCUGUCUGCCUGAGUGUCAGUGACUGUCUGCCUCUGUGUGUGUGCGCGCAUCUGCUAGUGAGGGAGCCUCUGUGUGUGUGUGUGUGUGUGUGUGUGUGUGCCUGCUAGUGAGUUUGUGUGUGUGCCUGCUAGUGAGUGAGCUUGUAUGUGUGUCAGUGAGGUUGUCUGUAGGGAUCAUAUGUGUGUGUUAGUGAGCUUGUCUGUAAGGAGCAUGGGUGUGUCGGAGCCUGUCUGUGGUGAGCAUGUGUGUACAGUGAACUUGUCUGUAGUAAGCAUGAGUGUGAUCGUGAGCUUGUCUGUAGUGACCAUAUGUGUUUCAGUGAGCUUGUCUGUAGUGAGCAUGUGUGUGUCAGUGAGCUUGUCUGUAGUGAAUCUGUGUGUUAGUGAGCUCUUCUGUAGGGAGCGUGUGUGUCAAUGGGCUUGUCUGUAGGAGAGUGUGUGCGCAUCAGUGAGCUUAUCUGUAGUGAGCGUGUGUGACAGUGAGCUUGUCUAUAGUAAGCUUGUGUGUGUGUAUCAGUUUGUCUGUACUAAAUUUGUGUGUGUGCCAGUAACCUUGUCUGUGUGUGUCAUUGUCUGUCAAUGAGCCUAUUUGUGUGCAUCAGUAAGAUUGUCUGUCUGUGUGUGAGUAUGCUUUACUGUAUAAUUUAAUUACCCUAAAAGAACUAAUAUUUUGAAUUAGAAGAAGAAAUGUAUAUAAAAAAAAAAUAAAUAUAUAUAUAUAUAUAUAUAUAUAUAUAUAUAUAUAUACUGUUGCAUCACCAGGGAUCCAGUAUAUAUAUAGGCAAUUGAAAUAGUUGGCUGCACUCUCAGAUUUCCUGAAAAUUUUACUUUUAUUGAAAUAUUUAAGAUCAAUGUUUCAGUCCCUCUUGUGGACUUGCAUCAGGAUCAUGACGAAAGUCCACAAGAGGGACUGAAACAUUGAUCUUCUCUUAAAUAUUUCAAUAAAAGUUACAUUUUCAGGAGAUCCGAGAGUGCAGCCAACUAUUUCAAUUGCCUAUAUUCUCCUGGUAGAAUGCCGUCCGAAACCUGAAAUUAAGGUGCUGUUUUGGAAGGGAAUGAUAUCCAUUAGGUGACCUCUAAAUAUAUAACAGCCUUCUCUUAAUUAGUGGUAUGAAAUUACGCCAAUCGUGUAAUUAACUAACUUAAUCAGAUGUUGUUUAGCAGGCGAUAAUAGGCAACCUCCGUAUAAAUUAGUGAAACAUAUAUAAAUGUAAUGGAGAUUGUGACAAACUUAUCUGACUUAAUCAUCUGACAACAAUGUUUUAAUGUAUUGACGUGAUAAUGUUGGACUUAAAGUAGGGGCAUUCUUACCCAGAGGGAGGGAUUUAAACGAACAGAUUCAUAACAGUUUAGGCUCAAAAUGAAAAGACAAUAGACAUUCCCCCUUCUUAGCAGGUAAGUUAUAUAUAGCUAUCAGUUCCUUUGUGUACUUACAUACCCAUAAUCAAUUACCAGAAUAGUACAUGAAUGGACAAUGUUGUUAAAGAUUCACUCAACCUAGCCGGAUUGAACAGUAAAUGCAUGAUACAACAUAUUGGAUGGAAUAAUGGAAAGGAGGUGUAACGAGUGUACAUUUGUUUAACGUUAGUAAUACCCCUAUAUUGCGAUCCUUGAAAAUAUUGUGCUUAAAGCGUGGUAUUAUUGAUGGAGGUAAAAAUGGUGAAGGAAUGAAAGGUGUUAAAGGAGUUCAGGAUGUUUAUUGCGAGAUAGAGAGUUGAUGAUCACGUAUGACGAGUAGUAGAGUGAAGCUGUGGCCUGACGAGGCAAGGCGAGAAAUCAAGCCCCCGUAUGUUAAUAACCCCUCUUUGGUGUUGCGUGGCCUUGUAGAGGCAGUAAAUAGCGACGUGAAUUAAGAUUAAUUAGUACCUGAUAAACACGGAAAUUAGCGGAGUAAUAACCAGGUUGUAGUAAAUGCUUUUGCGAAACCUGAAAUUGAGGUAGCAUAUAACAAGGAGAAAAGGGAUUUUUGUUUUGUUAAUGACAUGCUGUGCAAAAAUGUAAAGGCCAAUUUGGCAAAGUUGUGGGUUUUGCUAUGUUUACAUUAACAUAGGAUGUAAGUUGGCAAAACGCUGCUUAGUAAAUAAAACCGAAAUCUAUUGUUCCUGGUGGACAAAGUGCAUAUUUAACCCAUUUAAGGCAUAUAACAUAAAGAAAUGAUGAUAUAUGAAGUGAUUUACAUGAUGUGUGGUGACUAACAGGUUAAUGUCAAUCGUUAUAUAUUCAUUAAAUCUCUUGAUUGGAUUUAAUAGUGUGAAAUUAAGCAAUGUGGAAUUUUGGGAGAAUACAGCGUAGGAUAUAUAGAAUCCUAGAAUGUUGUACAUUAAGUUGGUUUCCAUGGUAAUUGAAACGCUUUUAGAACGUUGCCCCAGAUUUACUAUUAUUAUUAUUAUUAUAUUAUUUAUAUAGCGCCAACAAAUUCCGUAGCGCUGUACAAUGGGUGGACUAACAGACACAUAAUUGAGGUAAGACCACUGACGUACAGGAACAGAGGGGGUUGAGGGCCCUGCUCGAUGAGCUUACAUGCUAGAGGGAGUGAGGUAUAGUGACACAAAUGGUUAAAGUAGGGGAAUUAAAUAGUUUGUUACAGAAGGGUUUAUUGAGUGCUUGGUAGGUCAUUUUUGACAGGUGCAGGAACGGAGUCAUGGGGUGGGGGAUGAGAAACCUGCUGACAGUUUAAUUGAUACGCUUUAAUGAAGAAGUGAGUUUUCAAAGAUUUUUUGAAGGAGUGGAGGCUGGGUGAAAGUCUGAUUGAGGAGGGAAGGGAGUUCCACAGAAUAGGUGCAGCCCUGGAGAAGUCUUGAAGGCGAGCAUCAGAGGUGGAGAUCCGGGCAGAGGAUAGGAGUAGGUCUUGGGCUGAGCGCAGGGGUCUCGACGGGACAUACUUGUGUAUGAGGGAGGAUAGGUAUGUUUGAGCAGCAUUAUGUAGGGAUUUGUAAGCAAGCGCCAGAAUUUUGAAUUGGGCCCUAUAUCUAACUGGAAGCCAAUGCAGGGACUGACAGAGCGUGGAGGCGUGGGAGGUGCGACCGGACAGGAAAAUAAGCCUCGCAGCCGCAUUCAUUAUAGAUUGCAGCAGUGCAAGCUGGGAACAUGUAAGACCGGUGAGAAGGGGAUUGCAAUAGUCAAGGCGAGAGAGAACAACAGCAUGAACCAGUACCUUAGCCGCGUCCGGCGUUAGAUAUGGGCGGAUGCGCGCUAUGUUCUUGAGUUGGAAACGACAGGAUUUGGCUAUCGAUUGAACAUGGGGAGUAAGGGAGAGAUCAGAAUCAAAAAGAACUCCCAAGCAGCGAGCCUGGGAGGUAGAGGUGAUUGUAGCGCCGUUGACUUGGAUGGCGACAGACACAGGAGUAGCAGCACUUGAGGGAGGAAAAACUAGAAGUUCUGUUUUGGACAGGUUGAGUUUAAGGAAGUGAGCAGCCAUCCAGUUGGUAGUAGCAGAGAGGCAGUCAGAAACACGAGUCAAGGUGGGCAGAGAGAGAUCAGGGGAGGACAGGUAGCUUUGCGUGUCAUCUGCAUAUAAAUGGUAUUGGACGCCAAAAGAGCUGAUGAGUUUACCAAGGGAGGCAGUAUAGAUAGAGAACAGUAGGGGGCCGAGGACAGAACCUUGGGGGACACCGACAGGGAGGGGUUGGGGAGAAGAGGCAGAGCCAGAGAAAGAAACACUGAAGGAGCGCUGGGAGAGGUAGGAGGAGCACCAGUAAAGAGCAGAAUCCCGUAGACCAAAGUUACGGAGAAUGUGAAGAAGCUGUUGAUGAUCAACAGUGUCAAAGGCGGCAGAAAGAUCAAGGAGGAUUAGGAUAGAGUAUUGGCCGCGAGAUUUAGCAGCAAUUAAAUCGUUGGAUACUUUGGUCACAGCAGUUUCGACAGAGUGACCAGCACGGAAUCCAGACUGAAGGGGUCAAGCAGAGAGUUGGAUUCAAGAAAGUCUGUCAAUCUGGCGUAGACAACUCUCUCGAGGAUCUUGGAGGCAAAUGGCAGUAGUGAGAUAGGGCGGUAGUUGGAUGGGGAGUUGGGAUCAAGGUUGGGCUUUUUCAGAAUUGGGGUUACGGUUGCAUGUUUGAAGGCAGAGGGAAAUGUGCCAGAGGAAAGGGAGAGAUUGAAAAUGUUAGCGAGAGGAAGAGCAAGAGAGGGAGACAAAGUGCGGAUGAGAUGCAAGGGAAUAGGAUCGAGGGAGCAGGUGGUGGGGCGGGAGGACAGGAGCAGAGCAGAAACCUCUUGUGCUGUAGCAGGUGCAAAUGAGCUUAGGAUGGCAGGGGGAGUGGGGUUGGGUAAUGUAUUGAUACUGGUUGGAGAAAGAUUAGAGAUCUCUUUCCUGAUUGUAGAGAUCUUCUCAGUGAAAUGAGAUGCAAAGUUUGUGGCGGACAAGGUGGUGGAAGGAGGGGGAGUCACAGGGCGAAGAAGUGCAUCAAAAGUGUGAAACAGGUGUUUGGGUUGGUGGGACAAUGUGCUUAUGAGGGUGUUGAAGUAACUUACUUUUGCAGAGGAAAGAGCCAUGCUGUAGGAGCGCAGCAUAAAUUUAUAGUGGACAAAGUCAGAUGCAAAGUGAGACUUUCUCCAGCAGCGUUCAUGCAGUUCUGGAACAUGUUUGGAGGUAACGGGUCAGCUUGGUGUGCCAGGGUUGUAGUUGGGGGCGCUUGCUGCGUUUAACUGUAGGAGGUGCCAUGAUGUCAAGUUGAGAGGAGAGAGUGGAGUUGUAGAGUGAGGUUGCAGAGUUAGGGCAGUUGUGAUUUGAGAUGGGUAAAAGGAGUGUUUGGAGUUUAGUCUAGAAGUGCUGGAGAUCGAGAGAGUUGAGGUUUCUGCGAGGUUGGAGAGUGGACGGUGGUGAGAUUUUGGUAUGGGGUAUGCAGAUGUUAAAUGUUAGCAGAUGGUGGUCAGACAAAGGAAAUGGAGCAGUAGCGAGAUCAGAGGUGGUACAGAGAUUGGUGAAGAUGAGGUCAAGAGUGUUUCCUGCAGUGUGAGUUGCUGAGGAAGAAAUCUGUGUGAGUCCAAAGGAGGAGGUUACAGAGAGCAGACGAGAGGCAUCAGGGCAAUUGAGCUUGUUGAUAGGGAUAUUGAAGUCCCCAAGUAUGAGAGAGGGAGUGCAAGAGGAAAGAAAGUGGGGUAACCAGGAGGAAAAGUGUUCAAUGAAUAGUUUAGGGUGACCGGGGGGGCGAUAGAUGAUGGAAAUUCUUAAAGGAGUGGGCUUAAAAAGGCGUACAGUGUGAACUUCAAAGGAAGUAAAGGAUAGGGCAGGGGCAGGGAGGAUAGGUUGAAAGGUACAUUGAGGGGAGAGAAGGAUGCCUACACCACCUCCUUUACAGUCAAGUCUAGGAGUAUGGGAGAACUGUAGACCACCGAAAAAUAAAGAAGCGGGAGUAGCGGUAUCGGAUGGAGAUAGCCAGGUCUCAGUGAGUGCCAGUAUUGAGAGAGUUAGAGAUGAGGAGGAGUAUUGAUACAUAAGCCAAGUGUACCACUCUUCUACUCUUCUAACCCUAAUACAACGAAUUAUGAAAUGAUAUAUUUAUUAAAUAACGCAUUAAUACAGGGAAUUCACAGUGAUUCGAAGUCUGGCUGCUUUGAAUAAAUUCUAAAUUGGGGUAUAAUAAGACUGAUCUCACUGCUUGGCAGCUUUAAAAGUAUAACAUGUCUGAGAUAAUAUAGCUGUUACAUGGAUACCCUAAACAUCAAUAUAUGUGUCUGUUACAUGGAUACCCUAAACGUCGUAUUGCAAUGAAUUGAAAACUCAAUUGUCAGAUUGAAGCCAAAAUAGUCAUAUUAGGAGAAUAUUGGAAAAUAUUUCUAGAGCAGUGCUUUACCUUAUUUCUCCUAUACUUCUCUGUGUAAAGAAUAAACAAUCGAUAUAUAUUAUAAUAUGGUAUUAUUUAUCGUGCGAUACACGCUGUAGGCUGUGAGAGUUGCACAAAUAAUAUGGGAAAACAAUAAAUAAACACUGGGUAUAAUUAUAGUGAAAUCUAAAUAAGGCAGGAUGGGGUAAAGCGAUUAGCUGAUAAUCCAGAUCAACAGGAAAACAUAUGGCAAAUUAAUCCAGGUAAGAGAUCAAUAGAGCUCCACGUGGGAGAUACUUGUUUAUUUAGCAUUGUUACAGAGCUGAGUGUGAGUGACAGGUAUGUGUUCAAUGUUUAGUAGAGCACAUUACCAGGGUGCUUAAAACUACUUCAUGGUUGGAACCUGUAUAUAGUAAGGUGAUACCUUCUCAAGAACAAGUUCUCCAACAAUGUAUAAAGGUGUACAGUAAUUAAUAUGAAUAAGUAAAUGUAACGAAUGGUUCUGCCGAAAGGAAACCUGUAUUUGCAGGUUUCAUGCGUUUGUAUGUUGUUCGUAUGAAAGUGUGACUGGUGAAUUGCAAAUGUCGAACGGGGAGAAUAGCCCGAACACGGCAAUUCACGCCGACUACCUGGCGUUCGAUAGUUUGUAGUUUUGUGCGUCUGCUUGGCGGGAAGGCCGCGAGGAGUGACUUGACCGGAAGCGCGUUUUCGUGAACUGGAAGUCCGGCUUGACAAGAGGAGGUGAACAGCGUGCGUUCAGCAAGGUAGGAAGGGGGAAGUAGCGUUUAUAUAGGAACGCUAACUCCUCCCACAAAAUACAGGCCUUCGGCCUUAAACAUAUCUAGUAGAGAGCACUCUGAAGUCUUGGUACAGUAAAUUCAAACUGCUGCCUUAUUAAGCAAACACAGUGAUUAACACAAUAGUCGACAUUUGUCUAUGCAGACUUUUUUCAAGACAAUUUACAAUGUGAGCUUGUGGCUCACAGAGUGUAGUUUAAGUUUAGUUUAGUUGUGACUAAUAUGUAUCAGAGUGUAGAGCUGGUACAGAGAAGUAGAAAGGAGGAUACUAAAGUUACUAUGAAAGCUCAGAUGGUAGACACAUACAUUAAGGUACUACUCCAAUAGAUUUGCACAUGUCCAGACAGAUAACAUACAUGUUUGAUAUACCAGUGAUAAAGAAAAUAUAUUUACUAGCAUAACAAAGAUAAAUAACGUUAAUUAAAGGACCACUCUAGGCACCCAGACCACUUCAGCUUAAUGAAGUGGUCUGGGUGCCAGGUCCUUCUAGGUUAAACCCAUUUUUUAAUAAACAUAGCAGUUUCAGAGAAACUACUAUGUUUAUGAAUGGGUUAAGCAUUCCCCUAUUUCCUCUAGUGGCUGUCUCAUUGACAGCCACUAGAGGCGCUUGCGUGCUUCUCACUGUGAUUUUCACAGUGAGAGCACGCAAGCGUCCAUAGGAAAGCAUUAUAAAUGCUUUCCUAUGCGACCGGCUGAAUGCGCGUGCAGCUCUUGCUGCGCGUGCGCAUUCAGCCGACGGGGCGGAACGGAGGAGGAGAGAGGGAGGAGAGCUCUCCGCCCAGCGCUGGAAAAAGGUAAGUUUAAACCCCUUUCCCCCUUCCAGGUGGGAGGGGGACCCUGAGGGUGGGGGCACCCUCAGGGCACUAUAGUGCCAGGAAAACGAGUAUGUUUUCCUGGCACUAUAGUGGUCCUUUAAUAACGUAACCUGAUAACGUCUGUUAUCAUCCACCCCUUAUAAACAUCCCAAUAUAUACAGCUUCAUCUUCAUUAUUAAAGUGCAUCAUCUUCUCUGUAGAAAGCAAUACAACGAGUACGUCUCAUUUAGUUCAUAUGGGAAUAUCGUUCCCAUGGUGUGUAUCCAGAAGGAAACGUCGACUAUUGUGUUAAUGGAGAUUGCACCGGAGCACAAAAAGACCGGGAAGAGUGUUGUGACCUGGUAGAUAGAUAUAUAUAUAGAUAUAUAUCUAUAUAUGUCAAGGCUUGCCUGGAGUUGUGGGAGGGGCUUGUUGGUCAUAUUUAAGCACUCCCCACUUUACCUGCAUCACCGUGGAUUCAGACGUUUGGCAGGCGAUCACUUCCAGUACACUACUUCCGGGUCACAAUCCUGUUACUCGGUCUGUGUGUUCCACGGUCGGCAACCAGCUGCUUGCUAAAUCACUUGGGUGCUUGGUAAACUGUAAGUUUAAACUAAUUCCCAUGUGGCAAAGCUAUUUAAAUUACCUACUCAGACAUUACUGGGUAUUCUGCCCUAUUGCAUAUACUUUAACACAGGGGAAGCUCAGCUUUAAAGUUACAUCACAGAUGGAGGGGUUUUUACACUGUGAGGUAGAAUAUGACAAUACAGGUUUUCAACACUAUACUACAAGACCGGUUGUCCUCUUUCCCUUAUUUUAUAUUUAUAUAUAUAUAUAUAUAUUUUUUUUUUUUAUUAUUUUUUUUUUUUUAUGUUGUUGUUGGUAAUAUAUGUUAUUUGUGUUCGGGGCAAAUAGCCGUAUAUGGAGUAAGGUUCCAGCAUAAGCGUAGGAUAGUAUAAAGGGAGCAAGUCGGUUGUGGUGUGCCAAGACCGACGAUACGGUAGGCCUGUAAAUAAAGAGGGCAAAAAGAAUAAUCAAAGAUUUAAUACAGUCAACAAUAUAUACAAAUUAACCAGACAUUUCCUUAAAUGCAUUACGGUAUUUAAUUCCUUGAAGGAUUUUUGAAGGUAGGAAUCUAGGACCGCAACUGGACACCAUUUGUUGUGGGUAGGAUAGUAUGUUAUCUCUACUGUUGGUGCGUGUUGACUCGUUUCGGAAUGUGGUAGAGCCAAUAGGUAAUGAUAUAUGUGUUUACAUACGUGGGAUCGUUGAAGACAAUGAUCUGUCUGAGUGGUGGUUAUGGUAGUGGAUUCUCUGGCCUGAGAAAGGCAUAAAAGGCAGUGUGCAUGGCUGGUAAUGGCCAACUUGGUAGUAUAAUUGAAAGGUUGUAGCUCUAAUAGGUCCAAUAAGGAUGGAAAAGUUGGAUGGCUAUUGGUAAUAUCUGUGAGGAACGUGGGGGGAUGGAUUCCUGAAAACCUCUGAGUAUAUUCUUGUCUGGUAUGAUAGCAUGAAGUUAUGGUAGUUUUGGCCAUAGGUUAUCCUGUGUUGUUGAAUGCCUGUAAAAUAUAUAAUUAAUGGUGUGAGAUGUUUUUAGUUUAAGGUGGCAAAAAAUGAAGCAAAACCUAGGAGAAAUGUUAUGACACAGGUUGAGCUAUGUCGUGUUCCAAUGAGAUUCUUUAAAGCCAGGUGAAUAGGUGUUAUGCGUUCUACAAGUAUGGGAUGAAAGUGCUAGGUGGGAUAGUGCAUGCUAUGCUGCAUGAGUAUGUCUAAUCCAUGAUUUUGUCUCUGGAACGAAAGAGUGGCCGUGACUGUAUAUAAGGCUGUAGGAAGCGUAUGAUGAACGUGCCUGGAAUAUAAAUGAGACAAUUGUCGGCAAGGAUGUAUACCCCCACCUGGUACAUGAAAGUAAAAGAAAUGUGGUAAGUGGCCAACCAAGUGAGUUCCCCAGCAAUACCAUGAUCGUAUGGAUGAUGAGUGGCAUUUGUUGAUGAUAUGACAUGUGCUCAGUUGUUACUGAGUAACAACGGAUUGAUGACCCUGACCAUGAUUUACCCCAUGCCACAGCAGCUGCUUUUAGCGGGAAAAUGAUUGCCCAUUUUAUGCCAUGUAAGUGCCAGUUUGUAGGGUAGAUGGUAGCCGUUUACUGUGUUGAUGAUAUUGGUCUUACUUAACGAAGCUUCAACCCCUGCUUGAGUGAUAGCUGUAAAGGUAGAUCAAUGGUGUGUAUAGUAAGGAAACUCCUCGGAGGGUAUGAGGGAGUUGAGACUUGGGGUAGCGAAGGUGUGUGGUGCCAAUAAGUCUAUGGUUAGUCUUUAAGGGAAGAUUCCCUUGUGACAAUACCAAUGCAUUUGUGUUUGGUGCCAUGCUGUAAAUGGUGGAGAUUGGAAAACCCAAGUAAAAACCCCUCUGCAAAUCUUGGCUAUGAGUGUGUUUACAGCCGACAGUUCUGUUGUGCUGACUGUAAGUGAGGGCAUGCUAUAUUCCUUGAGAGUUUAUUUAUGAUACCUGUAUGGGAGCCCUUUGAAGCUCCAGAGCCUUAGUAACUCUACUACAAGUCUGGAAGGGGUGAUAAGUCAGUAGUAUUGAAAAUGCAUUGGUGUGUACAGAUGGAGAGUACGUUAUUUGUAAGUUGUAUUGGGACACAUGGUUUGUCAUGUGCCCUGAAUGAUUUGAACAUAUAUGCAACAGUCUAUAUGCAAUGUAACUACUAAUACCAAUUGUCUAUGGUAGUUCAGAGGUGCUGGUACCUGGAGCCUGAGAGUGCUCACCCGUUUGUUUGGGAGAAAAUCCCUUCUGUAUGGGUACCUGCACAAAUAAGCAUCUCUACAUAUUCCAAAUACCAACACAACCAAGGGAUGGUCAGUUCCCGAUUUACCUAGAAUCCCUGGGUCUGACCAUCAUAGAUACAUCAUCAUACAUAUAUAUGCCUUGUUUCCCCAAUGUGCCGGGAUCAUAUGUGCAGGGUUAACGUCUUGUACCAAGUAACCGAGUUUCGGUUGGUGCUGGUUGUACAGUAGCGUGAGGCCCAGCCUUGUGAGGGCUGUGACUGACUCGAAAUUGCCAGUCUGUCGUAAAUUUUUUGGCUCAUGAGUUUAUGAGUGAGGCUAGCAUGGCCUGGGUGUCACCUGAGUUGGUGUUGCUGGGCCUUCCCCUGCCUCCGUGUUGUCCAUUGAUGUAUGGAGGAGUUUGAAUAACUCUGCUUUCCUUGCUGUGGCAGGGUAGGGUAUUUGUCGCCUCCUUAGGUCGGAGCCACAUCUCCUCUGCUUGAAGGUGUAUCACUUCUAGCCGGGGUGCCAGGAAGAGGUGAUUCUUCACCAUCUUUUUGAGAAAUACUUAAAUAACAAUAAAGAUUGCAAUUAUUAUUUGUACCCAGGGGUCUUGUACUGGCUUGCUAGCUAAGCCGUAAGGCGAAACGAUUAGGCUUGGUGUUUUUUGGUGACUGGUGAGGGAAAUUUUUUUUUUUUUUUGUGGCCACCGAACGUUGUGGCAGGAUGUUGGCCUCUCGGUGACAGUAACCAGAAAAUAGGAGGGGGAGUGACAGGUGAGGCCCUCUCUAUGAUACAAUGCGAGGCGGCUAGCUCACGAGUGGCCCGAGGGGUGUAUGCCUCCGAGUGUGAGGAAGGGUGUUGGCCUCGCGGGACCACUAACCGAAGCGUAAAGCAGAGAAACAGGGGGUAAUACCUAUUGGGCCAUAGAACCCUAAUUGCCAGUACAUUACUACUAUUCCAGGGAAGGUAAGAGAUGAAGGUGUAUCACUUCUAGCCGUGGUGCUAGGAAGAGGUGAUUCUUUACCAUCUUUUUGAGAAAUACUUAAAUAACAAUAAAGAUUGCAAUUAUAUAUUUGUACCCAGGGGUCUUGUACCGGCUUGCUAGCUAAGCCGCAAGGCGAAACGAUUAGGCUUGGUGUUUUUUUUUUUUGGUGUCUGGUGAGGCCCUGCUAGUUGCCAAGUGGCUCGAGAGGCUCUAUCUGCUUGGCGCGAGGGGAUUUUGUGUGGCCACCGAACGUUGUGGCAGGAUGUUGGCCUCUCGGUGACAGUAACCAGAAAAAUAGGAAGGGGAGUGACAGGUGAGGCCCUCUCUAUGAUACAAUGCGAGGCGGCUAGCUCACGAGUGGCCCGAGGGGUGUAUGCCUCCGAGUGUGAGGCGGGGUGUUGGCCUCGCGGGACCACUAACUGAAGCAUAAUGCAGAGAAAAAAGGGGGUAAUACCUAUUGGGCCCUAGAACCCUAAUUGCCGGUACACUAUUACUAUUCCAGGGAAGGUAAGAGAUGGAUAACUACGUGAGCAGGUGUACGUACCUGGUAGUAUGGUAUUGAACCUGACAAUCCUUAUAGGUUUUUUAGUAGUAACUGUAACCUGAAUGGAUAAAAUCGUAUGGCAUAAGGAAAUAUGGCAUAGACCAAGCUUAUCUUAAAACAUACAGUAUAUGUGAAAGUAAAGUGCCGUGAUAUGUAAAUAUUAAACAUCAUAUCCAUACUGGUUAAAUAUGUAUCAAUCUUAACCCAUUAAGUGCCGUAUGUAUGUGAACCAUAUUACCAGUUACGUAUAUACAGAUGCGUGUGCUACUGUGUAAUAAUAUGUGUAUUUAUAACAGAUAUUGAUAUACUGCUUGCUAUGUGAAUUGUUGUAUGCCUUAUUGAAUGGCAAGUGAACAUGGAGUUGCAAAAUGCAAGUGCACUGGAGAUCUGCCGAGUGCCCUAUAGGUGGCAGUGUAGUUGAUACUGAUUGGUAUGUGAAAUGUUGUUUGUCUGUUGACCUAUAGGGGUCAGUGUUUUGGUGUUUGUAAAACCCCAUGAAAAUUGUCAAUGUACUUGACAGACCUGUAGGUGGCAGUGUUGAUAGAACCACUGUUAGUCUUAAUGUGAAAUGUAAAUUAUUGUGAAUUAAACCUGAAGUUGAGCCCGUGUUGGAGUUUAAUUCAUGGUUUAUGGUUAUGUUUAAAACAAUCUUAUGUGUAAUUUAUAUUGGCUGGUAAUUGUAUAUGACAUGUGAAGACAGUUUUGCUGUUGACCAGUAGGGGUCAGAAAUGCUGAUUGUAUGGUAAAAUACCCUUUAACCCCUGAAGGAUACAUGACAUGUGUGACACAUCAUUUAUUCCAGAGUUUGGUCCUUAAGGGGUUAAUCCAAAUGCAAGGUUAACGUGAGAUUUUGAGAGUGACCUGUAGGGGUCAGUGUGGUUUAUGUGAAACAUUGUUUGUGAGCUAUGCCCCAGCAUUAUAGUUUUGAAACAAACAGUGCCCGUUUGACAAUAUACAAUAAGUGAACAUAAUAGCUUAAUAACAAUCAUUGUAACAAACCAAAGUUCUGUUCACGGGUUGUAAACACACGAAACGUGUGUGUAGUACAAUAGUAAGUGCAUGAACUAGUACCCGUUUGGUAGAAAAUUGCACGAAUCGUGAGCCUGGUAUGCCAGGGAAACAAAACGAAACGAGCAGUGAGAUUCGAAAUGCACGCACAGAAUUGCCUAGUAUGUUUAGGCAAUUGAAACAGAAUGUGUUCCCUUUUGGGAGUAUGCUAAUGCUCGAAAUGAGCCAGUGACAGAUAUAAACAAGUGAAUUUAAACGAAUGAUAUGCAUGAACAUGCAAUGGUUUUAGGACAGAUUUAGACCAAAUGCAGCCGUAAAGUGAGGACCUGACCCGUGCAUGGUGCCGUGGGACUGAUGCCUGGCGUAACGGGUAGGUCGACUUACGGUUUGUGAGUCACUUGGACACCAUCCACAGCAAUAGAUUGAAGAAAGAAGGUGGUAGGCCGGAAAAGCCUGUGGCUGAAUUCCUGACACAGCUCAGCUUAGAAAACCUCAUGGAGUAAUCAGGUAAAAUGGCGUCUGGAUGACCCGGAAGUGGAAAUCAUUCUGAUGCUGACCUCAAGCGAUAUGAGUCAGGUAAGGGGUGUCCCUUAUAUAGGGGAGUGAAUUAAUUUAAGCCCCUCCCACAAAUACAGGCCAAAUGGCCUUAAAACAUAUAUAUAUAUAUAUAUGAAAUUCAUGUUGACAGUUAAGGGGAAUCUUUUACAAAAAUUAAGUGUACACUUGGUUUGUCUAUAUAGAUAUAUGGAUCAGCUUCCAUAUUUAAAGAGUGGGUAUUUAAUUGAAGCUCUUAUCUUCUACAACACAUGGCCUCUUAUUCCCCUUAUGGUUAAUUGCCCGGGUACUGGCAAGAAACCAUGUGAGCAGGUUAUGAACUGUGGUCAUACUCAAGUAUAUUAUCAUUAAUAAUAAAGUUUGAUUAAGUUUGUUACUCUGGUCAGUUUUCAUAUUACACUACUCACUUCAGUACUGUAUUAAGGCUAGUAUUUUCAGAGAUUCCUCUACUUAUUUACUCUCUGCUUACUUUUCAGGUUCAGGUUGGCUUAUAUCACCUAAGUUUGUUUAAUCAAAUCUCUAAAUAUUACUUUCCAGUGAGUAAGGUGUAGGGUAGGGGGUUUACUCUCAGCAAUUAAGGGGGAGUCCUUUGUUACUCUUUUUGCUAUCAUUAUGUUAAGCCUCUCUUCCACUAUAGUAGUGGGGGGAAGUCUCUGAUUCUGUGUUGGGUUGUGACCAAUUUCUGACCUAACCAACACACAAGUGGGUGUCAGGUAUGUUUUGCCUAGCCCCCCUCCCCCCAUCACCAAACCCCCUCCUCCCCCUCAUUGUUAUGAGUUGAGUGUUACUGGCUCUUCAAAUCUAGGUGGCCAAUAGUUUUCUGGCCUCUUCGCCUCAGUCAUAGUGGUCCUGUGAGGCCAACCCCUUUCCUCCACGCUUGAGGAUAUUCGCCCCUCGGGCCAAAUCAUAGUUAGCUGCCUCGCACGGUUGCAUAGAGAAGGGCCUCCCUUGUCACUCCCUUCCCAUCUUAUGCUUUUAGUUGUCAUUGAGAGGCCAACACGUUUCAGUGGCAGGAUCUUCCCUCGUGCCAAUCGAUAGGUAGAGCCUCUCAAGCCACUUGGCAUCUAGUAGGGCCUCACCUGUCACCACACUUAGGAAAUUGUGGCCACAGUUAGCCAGCCAGUAACCAAUAUGGUACAGUUGCUGAUUAUGUCUUGAAUAUUUUUCUUUUAGUAUGUCUCAGCUACCUGAAAAUACAGACAAUUUGUCUCUCCCCAGUACUCUGGUCAGGUCCUUGUCACCUUCACAAAAAGGCGACAUUGGUAGCCCAACUUCUAUAAGAUCAUGGACAAUCCCUCGUAUUACUGCAGAGCUUCGUAGAUGUAUUAGCAGUAGAAAGAGGGAAGUACUCAUGCCAUUGUACAGAACACUGGUGAGACCUCACUUGGAGUAUUGUACACAGUACUGGAGACCGUAUCUUCAGAAGGAUAUUGAUACCUUAGAGAGGGUUCAGAGAAGGGCUACUAAACUGGUUCAUGGAUUGCAGGAUAAAACUUACCAGGAAAGGUUAAAGGAUCUUAACAUGUAUAGCUUGAAGGAAAGACGAGACAGGGGGGAUAUGAUAGAAACAUUUAAAUACAUUAAGGCAAUCAACACAGUAAAGGAGGAGACCAUAUUUAAAAUAAGAAAAACUACCACAACAAGAGGACAUAGUCCUAAACUAGAGGGGCAAAGGUUUAAAAAUAUCAGGAAGUAUUACUUUACUGAGAGGGUAGUGGAUGCAUGGAAUAGCCUUCCAGCUGAAGUGGUAGAGGUUAACACAGUAAAGGAGUUUAAGCAUGCGUGGGAAAGGCAUAAGGCCAUCCUAACUAUAAGAUAAGGAUAAUUUAAAGUAUUUUGAAAUAUUGGGCAGACUAGAUGGGCCAAAUGGUUCUUAUCUGCCGUCACAUUCUAUGUUUCUAUGAUGUAGUAUCCCUUUUCCUGCUACGGCCAGGAAAACAACUAUUCAAGCUAAUGCGGAAUAACACCGAUAACUCAGACAUUCAUGCCAUGGUUGCCUCACUAGUAGCAUCUAUGAGCAAGGUUAAUGAUAGGCUUGAUCGGAUCGAGGCUCGGAGCCUUCCUAUUAUGUCAUCUAUGCCCUCAGCUACUGUACUCCCCAAUGCUCCACUAUAACAAACGGUUAAUUACUUGCCUUCUGGUUCCGUAACCCACAUUAUUAAUCCGGUGCAUAUGGUUCCCGUAAACAUUAAGAAAGACAUCUUGGAGGGGAAAGAUGUUAAUCUUGUUGCACGUCUUAUCGCUUCACACGAUGUUAUUGAGAACCGCACUUAUACUUAUGGUGAUAUUUCGGUGGUGUUAAAGGCCAUGGACCCUAGACGUAAUAAGAAACUGUCUAUACCCGAUUUUGUCAUUGCAUUUGGUUUCUAUCGGGAUGUAAUUUGUUCGGUAUACUCGCAUAGAUGAGAGAAACUAUACCUCUAUUUGCACAAGCUGGUGGACUUGGGAAAUAAAUACGGUGGGUCAUCCUUUUAUGAUUACCACCGAUCCUUUUCGGCAAGGACGUCUGCAAUUUUGGCUCAGUACAACAUAUGGAUACUGAGCUAUUUUGCAGACACUUUGCUGGUCUGAAGACACCUGCUUGUGCAAUUUGUGCUUCCACCUCACAUGCCUUGGGCUAUUGUCCCAUCAUGCCAGAGUCCACACCUUGGACUUUCCAGGAGACACAGACUAGGAUGGACAGAUCAGGCAAGGACAAACUCGGUCGUCCUAUUGUUUACCUUGGGAAGUCACAGGUGUGCAACAACUUUUAUGUAGGUACAUGUGGAUAUAGUGCCUGCAAAUUGUUACAUGUGUGUUCACAUUGUUUUAGGGCUCAUGCCAAAUCCAUGUGUCCUAAUAAGUCAUGCUAAACCGUAUCUGACAUUGGUUCUUUGACUCACGCAUUAGCUUCUUACCCAUCCAAACAUCUAGUGGAUUUUUUGAUUGAUGGUUUCACGGAGGGAUGUCAUACAGGUCUGGUACAUAUCUCUGCUGGCAUUUACGAAUGCAACAAUUUGCAAUCAGCGUUUUCUGAUGUGGAAACGGUUGAUGCUCUUUUACAAAGAGAAUUGGAAGAUGGGUUUUUGUUGAGACCUUUUCAGGCACCCCCAUUUUCCAAUUGGAGAACCAACCCUAUAGGAUUAGUUCUUGGGUAAUCCUCAGGGAAACACACUCAUUUUAUAUCUGUCCGUACCUCACUCCUUGGCCAUACCUAGCCUUAACUCUCUAAUCCCAUCCGAGGAAUCUUCCCUUCAGUACGCCACCAUAGACACCAUACACACCAUUAUUACAGCUGGUGUAGGGACUUGGCUGAGUAAGACAGACAUCAUCAAUGUGUUUAAAUUACUACCCAUACGCCCAUCGCAAUGGCAUCUGCAUGGUCUGAAAUGGAAAGGUUUAUAUUAUUUUUUUUAACAAGGCUCACCUUUGGGUCAAAAAGCAGCCCGAAAAUAUUCGAUACAUUUGCGAAACCUUAUGUUGGCUCCUGUUGAACAAUUGCAGAUGCCAUUCUGUAAUACAUUAUUUAGACGACUUUCUGUUUGUGGAGAAUAAUUCCUCUCCUCUCAGUGAUCUAACUAAGGCCAUCUCGUUUUUUCAUUCCUUGGGGUUGCCAGUUUCUUCCAAGAAAACAGAAGGCCAUGACACGUUGGUACAUUUUUUGGGUAUCCGGCUUGAUUCAGUGAGCAUGGAAGCUAGCCUUCCCUUAGGCAAGUUGAUGGUAUCCUACAAACCAUGAAACAACAUUCUGCAUAAUAGGACAUGCAAUCAAAAGGAAUUGUAAUCUUCGUUGGGCUCACUAAAUUUUGCUAUACCCAUCAUUCCUCAAGUUAGAGCCUUUAUUUCUAGACUCCUUUGCAUUCUUCCACUAUUGCCAAAUGACUUUAGCCGUAUUUGCUUGGAUUUAUUAAUGUUGGGCAAAUUCUUGUUGCAAUGGAAUGGCAGAAGUAUGUUUUUACCACAAUUGUCUAUUCAUUCUCCUGUCAUUUGGACGGAUGCUGCAGCAUCAACAGGUUUUGCUGCCAUAUUUGGCAAUGAGUGGCUCUAGGAUGGUUGGCCAGAGGAGGUUCAGCACAUCAAAGGGUUCUCACGCACCUCAGCCUUAUUCGAGGUAUACCCUAUAAUUGCAGCAGCCGUGGUAUGGGGUCAGUCUUGGGCAGGUAGCUCGGUACACUGUUUCUCCGACAACCUAGCUACCUGCCACAUCAUAAACAAGGGACGUUCCUCAUCUCUGACGAUCAUGAGAUUCAUGAGAAGACUGACCUGGUUGGCAGCCUGUAAUCAAUUGUAUUUGGUGUGUUGUCAUGUAACAGGGAUUUAUAAUACUGCAGCUGACAAAUUGUCUCGCUUUGAAUUCCAGGCCUUCAGAGACACGUUAACCACGGCCUCCCCAACAGCCACUGCAGCACCAUGUUUUCAGGAACUGGUAAUGGAUUAAAAGAAUUAGCAAGGCAUAGUCUCGCCUUGGCUAGUUUGGCCCUCUCUGAGAUUACAAAACUGUCUUACAAUAGAGCUUUCACAUUGUUUAAGAGAUUUAUGUUAGAACAUAACUUGGUUCAGUUUUUUACUAUUUCAACUCUGGUAGCUUUCGCAUCAUUUUGUCAUCUCAAACUCAAACUAUCUCACAACACCAUUAAAUUAGAUUUAACCGGCAUCCAACACCACAUGUAUACCUUAUACCCAGACAACCCUAGUUUUUUAUCAUCAUUUUUUACCCCAAUAAAAACAUACUAAAAGGGGGCGUGGCUGACAGUUCACUGAACCAGACGUCUUUCUGUGGAGCUCCGUCAGGGCCCCACAAACUAGAGUAACAAGCCGCUAAAAAUACUGUUGACGAACCUCACAACCCACCACCGCCACAGAUAACGAAAUGGGGCACAAAAACAAACCGCAUCCUGAGCCACCUCGUACCCAAGAUAUCAGGCUUUCCUUCAGCAGGCACCACGGCCACAGUCUAAGAUGGUGCCAGAGACUCACACGGACCCUGAAACCUCUGAGGACUCCCAGGAUGUAGAGAAAUUGAUUCCCUCAUCCAUACAUGGGGAGACACCCCACACCUCUGAGUCGGAAGAAGACUCGUCCCCAUCCACUCAAGGGGAUAUUAACAAGCUGUUAACAGACCUAAGGAAGGUCUGGAAGGCAGAUCUGGCAGAAGCCCAAAACGAAAUGGGUGUCAUACACAAAAAGGUGAAGGAGGUGGAGGCGAGGGAAACGGCAAGAGACAGCCACAUACAAGAAGCCAGAAGCCUAAUGGAGGGACUCAAAGCACAAGUCCACCAGCUGCACCGGACAGUGACCCUACUCGAAACCAGGCACAGGCACCAGAACAUCCAAAUCCGGGGGCAUCCCAGAAUCUGUAGAGGGGGAGCAGCUGCUGGAAUUCACAAGAAACAUGGUCGCAGCCCUAGGAGUUGAGAGUUGUGCAGCCUCUCCCCAUAUAAAGUCAGUGUUCAGAGUGAAAAAAAUCUGUCGCAGCACCUAGCAAUGCCCCCAGAAACAUCAUUGCACUCACGAGAGACAUUGCAGCGCGAGCCGAGAUCAUGGCUCGAUCCAGGGCACUUCAAACCAUACACUACGAGGGAAUGCGCUGGAGAUCUACAGUGAUCUCCCCUUUGCGGUUACAUAGUUACAUAGCAGAAAAGAGACUUGUGUCCAUCAAGUUCAGCCUUCCUCACAUAUGUUUUUGCUGUUGAUCCAAAAGAAGGCAAAAAACCUAGUCUCAAGCGCUUCCAAUUUUGCAACAAACUAGGAAAAAAUCCUUCUUGACCCCAAAAUAGCAGUCUGAUGUCUCCUUGGAUCACGCAGCUAUUACCCCACUAAUUAGAAAUUAUAUCCCUGUAUGUUAUGUUUUUGCAAGUAUUUAUCCAAUUGCAAUUUAAACAUUUGUAUAGACUCUGACAAAACCACCUUUUCAGGCAGAGAAUUCCAUAUCCUUAUUGCUCUUACCGUAAAAAAAAACCUUUUCUUUGUCUUAGAUGAAAUCUCCUUUCUUCCAGCCUAAAUGUGUGACCUCGUGUCCUAUGUAUAGCCCCUGUUUAUGAAUAGAUUUCCAGAUAAUGGUUUGUACUGGCCCCGAAUAUAUUUGUAUAAUGUUAUCAUAUCCCCUCUGAGGCACCGUUUUUCCAAACUAAAGAGAUAUACAUUUUUUAACCUUUCUUCGUAACUAAAAUGCUCCAUUCCUUUUUAUCAAUUUUGUAGCUCGUCUCUGCACUUUUUCUAGUGCCAUGAUAUCUUUCUUUAGAACAGGUGCCCAAAAUUGCACAGCAUAUUCAAGGUGUGGUCUUACCAGCGAUUUAUAAAGAGGCAAAAUUAUAUUUUCAUCCCGAGAAUGUAUGCCCCUAUUUAUACAUGAAAAAACCUUACUGGCCUUAAAAACUGCAGAUUGACAUUGUAUAUUGCUGCCUAAUUUGUUGUCUAUAACAAUUCCCAAAUCCUUCUCGUGUGUGGUUAUCCCUAGUUCACUACCAUUUAGGGUGUAAAUUGCUUGUGCAUUCUUAACCCCAAAGUGCAUAACUUUGCAUUUCUCUACUUUAAAUUUAAUCUGCCAUUUUAGUGCCCAGUCCCCCAAUCUAUCCAAAUCCUUCUGCAGCAAAGCAAUAUCCUGCUCACAUUUUAUUACUUUACAAAGUUUUGGGUCAUCUGCAAACACUGAAACAUAGCUUUCAAUGCCUAUUUCAAGAUCAUUUAUAAAUAUGUUAAAUAGAAGCGGUCCCAAAACAGAACCGUGAGGGACACCACUUACCACUUUUGUCCAGCCUGAAAAUUUACCAUUAAUGACAACUCUAUGUUCUCUAUCCUUAAGCCAAUGUUCUACCCAAGAACAAUAAUAUUCAUCUAGACCAAUUUCUUUUAGUUUGAAGACUAACCUAUUGUGAGGAACCGUAUCAAAUGUCUUGACAAAAUCCAAGUAGAUCACAUCCACUGCAACACCCUGAUCUAUACUUCUACUUCUUCGUAGAAUGCAAUUAGGUUAGUCUGACAUGACCUAUGUUUCAUAAAACCAUGCUGAAUAUUGCUAAUUGCUUAUUGUUCUUCCCAAUAAAUUCCUGAAUAUUAUCCCUUAAUAGCCCUUCAAAUAUUUUCCCAGUCACAGAAGUUAAGCUCACAGGUCUAUAGUUUCCAGGCAAGGAUUCUGAACCCUUUUUAAAUAUAGAUACAACAUCUGCCUUCCUCCAAUCCUCCGGUACAAUACCUGAAACAAAAGAAUCUUGAAAAAUUAAAUACAGAGGUUCACUUAUUUCCCCACUUAGCUCCUUAAGUACUCGUGGGUGAAUACCAUCAGGCCCCGGAGCUUUAUUUACAUUAAUUUUCUUUAAUAGCUGUAGCACCUUGUCUCACGUUAUCCAAUUGCAAGUUAUCUGCAGGUUUUUUGCAGCAAUCAUUUGCAUACUUCUUGCCAUAGGAUCCUUAUUAAUAUACAGGUGAUACUCAAAAAAUUAGAAUAUCGUGCAAAAGUUAAUUUAUUUCAGUAAUGCAACGUAAAAGGGGAAACUAAUAUAUGAGAUAGAUGCAUUACAUGCAAUGCAGGAGUUCAAGCCGUGAUUUGUCAUCCGUGCGAUGAUUAUGGUUUACAGCUCAUGAAAACCCCAAAUCCACAAUCUCAGUAAAUUAGAAUAUUGUGAAAAGGUGCAAUAUUCUAGGCUCACAGUGUCCCACUCUAAUCAGCUAAGUAAGCCAUAACACCUGCAAAGGGUUUCUGAUCCUUUAAAUGGUCUCUCAGUCUGGUUUAGUAGGAAUCCCAAUAAUGGGGAAGAUUGCUGACCUGACAGUUGUGCACAAAACCACCAUUGACACCCUCCAUAAGGAGGGAAAGGUAAUUGCGAAGGAAGUUGGAUGUUCCCAAAAUGCUGUAUCAAAGCACAUUAAUAGAAAGUUAUGUGGAAGGGAAAAGUGUGAAAGAAAAACUUGCACAAGCAGCAGGGAUGACCGCAGCCUGGAGAGGAUUGUGAGGAAAAGGCCAUUCAAAAGGGUUGGGGACUUUCACAAGGACUGGACAAGAGCCACCACACACAGACGGGUCCUGGACAUGGGCUUCAGAUGUCGUAUUCCUCUUGUCAAGCCACUCCUGAACAACAAACAACGCCAGAAGCGUCUACCUUGGCUAAAGAAAAACAGACCUGGUCUGUUGCUCAGUGGUCCAAAGUCCUCUUUUCUGACGAGAGCAACUUUUGCAUCUCAUUUGGAAACCAAGGACCCAAAGUCUGGAGGAAGAAUGGAGGGGCACACACUGCAAGAUGCUUGAAGUCCAGUGUGAAGUUUCCACAGUCUGUGUUGAUUUGGGGAGCCAUGUCAUCUGCUGGUGUUGGUCCACUGUGCUUCAUUAAGUCCAAGGUCAACACAGCCGUCUACCAGGAGAUUUUGGACCACUUAAUGCUUCCUUCCACAGACGAGCUUUAUGGGGAUGCUGACUUCAUUUUCCAGCAGGGCUUGGCACCUGCCCACACUGCGAAAAGCACCAGAGCCUGGUUCAAUGACUGUGGGAUUACUGUGCUUGAUUGGCCAGCAAAUUCACCUGACCUGAACCCCAUAGAGAGUCUAUGGGGCAUUGCCAAGAGAAAGAUGAGACAUGAGACCAAACAAUGCAGAAGAGCUGAAGGCCUUUCAUAACACCUCAGCAGUGCCACAGGCUUAUAGCUUCCAUGCCACGCCGCAUUGAGGCAGUAAUUGCUGCAAAAGGGGCCCAAACCAAGUACUGUGUCCAUAUGCAUGCUUAUACUUUUCAGAGGUCUGAUAUUGUUCUAUGUACACUUCUUGUUUUAUUGAUUGUGUGUAAUAUUCUUAUUUACUGAUAUUGUGGAUUUGAGGUUUUCAUGAGCUAUAAGCCAUAAUCAUCGCACUUAUGACAAACCAUGUUUUGAACUAUCUUGUUUCGCAAGAUCGCAACUAUCUCGUAUAUUAGUUUCCCCUUCUCCGUUGCAUUACUGAAAUAAAUUAACUUUUCCACAAUAUUCUAAUUUUUCGAGUAUCACCUGUAUAGAUACAGAUAUAGAUGUGUGUGUGUGUGUGUGUGUGUGUGUAUACACACACUUAUACAAUGCAUACAGGUAGGUUGCUCAUUUUAACAGGUAACCUUCACUAACCUCCUAAAGAAAACACAGAUUGUACUGCCGUUGAUAGUAAGGAAAACAUAAUGUCUUACCGUGCAUAUACUGGCAUUAUAGGAGGGAGAUAGCAAGAACUCACAAAUAGAGUGGGUUUCAUCAGAUUACAGCUGAGGUCAAGAUAGCUUGUAAUGAUCAAUAAACAUAUUUUUUAUAAUUUAUUUUUCACAUCUCAACAUUUUUUUAUUGAAUUACUUUCAUUACAAAAUUCUACACAAAAAGUUAUAUGCAAUGCUCAAAGUGAGUGUUGCAUACUGCACAAUAAAUGCAUUAAAAACACUGCGGCUAAGCAGAUUCUGAACAGGGUGAUCAGUGCUUGGCUUUGCCAGCUGCCCACAGUUUAAUCGGCUUGCCUAAUUUUCAGCAUUACAGAGAUAUGUUUAUAAUGCUGAAAACAACUUGUAGAUGGUGGCAAUAUACAGCUCUACUGUGUUAAGGAAACCCAUACUGUCUUAAGGAAACCCAUAUGCUGAUAUUUGUAUUGAUGUUGGCAAAGGGAUUCCCAUAGGGAGGGGGUAAGGUUAGUGUUAGGGUAGUUUCAGGCUAGGUUUAGUUGUAUGGUUAGUCUUAAAGUACGGGUUAAUGCUGGGGUUACUGACAGUGUAGGAGAAAGGUGUAAUAGAGUUAGUGUAUGCAUAGUGUACGUAGGGGGUUGCUAUAGGGUUAGUGUUACCUACCAAAAAUGUACUUAGAAUCCAAUUGUAAACAGUUUAACCUCUAAAGGUAUUGCUGCACCUAGGACCUCCAGACAACAUAACUUCAUUGAGAUAAAGUUGUUAUGGUUCCUGGAGUAUUCCUUUUAAUGUUAGUUUUUUUGUAUGUACUCUGCUGUUACAACUGCUUCAUAUACUCUGCUGUAACUCUGUUACUAACUCACCCAAGCUUGACCUUUGGUAAGUAGACACCUAACCACUACAUUAACACUAAAGUAUUCAGCCCACUAUGUAUUUGCAUGAGAUCAAUAUACAAUUGAUGGUGUUUUCUUUGUUCUUGCAGUAUAUAAUGCUAUGUUGCCAUUGCUAUUCUCGAGAGAAUGCUCUCCAACAUAUAUUACUUCCAUCUGUGUUCAAUUAAAUUCAAGUUUUCUUAUGUACUAUCAUCUCUUGUUUUCUUAGUGGAAGCAGAGAGGUGACCGAUGAUGGAUCAAUUCCAGGAGAUGGAUUGGGAGCUGGUGGUCUUGACUCAAGCUUUUACAGCCAUCUAAAGCGCAACUGGAUUUGGAUAAGCUAUAUUAUUAAUAAAGCUCGAAAGGUUGGCAUCUUAAAUAUUACAGAUUUAAACUUUUGCUACAGACUUGCCUUAAAGAGACACUAUAGGCACCCAGACCAGUUCAUCUCAUUGAAGUGGUCUGGGUUCACUGUCCCUGUCCCUGUCCCCUCAAACCUGCAAUCUAAAACAUGUUUUGUUUAUAUUGCAGGGUUACACCUGCUUCUAGUGGCUAUCUACGAGACAGCCUCUAAAGGCGCUUCCUGCUGUUUUGUUGGAGUUCGAUUCCAUGACACAACGCUUCCAACAUCCCCAAAUCCCCAUAGUAAAACAUUGAGUCAGUGCUUUUCUAUGGGGAAUGCCUAAUGCUCAUGCACUAUACAUGCCCAUUAGGUUUUCCUCUGUAAUGGUGAGUGUUAAAAUGUUUUUAAAAAAACAUUAUUUGUUGGCGGGGGGGAGGGGGGGGGGAAUUGUAUUCCUAACACUACAGUGUUCCUUUAAAUGAUAACAGUAAACACCAUAGCACCUAAUGUGUCAUCUAACAUAUUUGAUUUUAUAGUUACAUGACCACCAAUGUUUUCUAUGCUCAAAAUAUCAUUUACUCUUACAUUUGUGUGUAGUUGUGCCUCCCUUCUCUUAGAAGCACAAGCUUUAGGCUCAGAAUUCUCAAACUCCACCCAAUUCCCUUCCCCUCCAACUAAUUAGAAAAAAAAAUGACAAUUUUAAAUAUGAUGAAAAAUAUUGUAUGUACACACAUGUAGAGUGAGUGAGUGUUGUAUAUACAUGUGUGUAUGUGUAUAGCGUGUGCAGUAGUGUGUGUUUGUAAUAAUGUGGGGAGCAGGAUGUGUAGCUGUAUGUGUAUAGUAAGUCUGUUUAACAGUGUGUGUGUGUAGAAGUAUGUAUGUACAGAGUGUGGAGGAACAUGAGUAGCAGUGUGUAAUAAUGUGGGGAGCUAAGCAGGUGUGUUUACCUCAGUCUGUCAGAGUCCAGUCCUUUCCCUCCUGCAGAUUGCUGUGUUCAGCCUGAGGAUGUGUGUCAUGCAUAGAUCAAACGACCCCAGAGUUCUGGAGGUAGGGAGGGUAUUUUAACAGGCAGAGUAGGCACCUUUAGGCAUGUGCUACUCUGCCUUAUGGGAUAUCCGGCCCUUCUUAGAAUGUAAGCUCACUUGUGUAUGUAUAGUUAGUCUUGUGGCAGAUAUUUGUUUUAGUCUAGCACUGUAUAGGUUGUCACAUAAGUAAUAAUAAUGAUAAUUUCAAACUUUGAAAUAAAUCCUGUAUAAAUAAUUUGUGUAGAAAUGUCAAGAAUUAUGAACUCAUUAUAUAAAUAUAGUGAAUAAGUAAAUGAGCGGAUGCCAACAUGCGGGUUUGUUUGUUAAUCAUUUUAUGGAAAAAUAUUUAAUAGUAAUAAGAAGGCGUAAAGAGAAACUCAGAGCACCAAAAUCAACUUUAACUUAAUAAAGUAGUUUUAUUGUAUAUAUUAUGCUCCUAACCAGUCUAAACACCCAAUUCUCUUCAAUUUAGGCAUUAAAUCACUUUGUAUGUGAAGCCACACCUUCUCUGGCUGAGACUUGCAUUCUGCAUUUUAUUUUAGCUUCCCUUGCACAGUGUGUUUAAUUUAGAAUGUCUUAUCUCCUGUUCCUUUAAUAGUUGGAGAUAAGGACUUCUAAAAUAAAACUGUACUGUAAGAUCUGAUGAAACCUUUUAUCUUAAAGAAGCACUAUAUGGUUAAAACCACCAUCUAGCCACCCUGGUCCCCUCAUGCCUCUAAACAUAAAGUAAAAUCUUACUUGAAUUCAAGCCUGCAGUUGCAUAGUUUGUCCCUGUUUUCUUUAGACCUGCCCCACUGCCUGCUGACAUUGUUAAGGAUAUUAAAUUACCCGGAGAUAUGUUCAGGUGGACACCAAAUUGACACUUUAAAUUACGAGCUGCUCGGAGAAAGUAAUCAGACCAGACAGUUUUUGAUUCAAAGAUUACUUCCUUAUUUUAUUGUGUAAGCUUACAGAUUAUAUAGUAUUUUGUAAAGACAGCUUUGUGAUUUGCACGCCAAAAACCUGAUGGGUGAAGUCACACUGUACCAUAAAAGGGAAAUUACAAUACUAAGCAUAUUUCAAUGGUUAUAUAUAUAUAUAAAAACAUUAGGACAUCAGAAGGGAGGUUGAUGGGGGAAGCUGCAAUUGUCUCCUCAUAAACCACAGAAUGUCACAAGUCAUGAUUUUAUGCUUACUUGUGCUUAUUUGUCAGACACUUGAAACUAGACUAAAAAUUAAAAGCAGAACAUAAGUAAGUAAAGACUGGACAACUGGUCAUCUUAAAAGCUUGAGCCUGGGGUCAAGGUAUCUUCCAUCAAUAAUUCCAUUACAAUUUCCCUCUUUUUGACCCAGGUGUCUGAGGUAUUUCCAGGUAUGCUAGUCAAAACCUGUGGGUCUUUUAUUAAUGCCUUCACCACGGUUCCCUCAGACAGGGCAAGCCAGGGGUCACAGGAGGAAUGAUCCUUCAUCAGUUAUACAGCUCUGUAGGUGUCAGAGGUUGAGGAAGCUGGCAUAUAACUUAAGGUACGACCAACAUGAAGAACUUAAAUGUCAGAAAAAACAUCAUUAUGACCAAUACUGCGAUAAGUAACAAAUACAAUAUUUUCUUAAUUAACAUAUUGAGCCAUGUACCAAGACAAAAGUUCCAAUCGCAAUGCCCAAAGAACCCUUUAUCUUGUUUUAUUCCCUUCACUAGAUCGUGAAGAAUCUGUAUAUGCUCAUGGAUCAUUGUCCAUUGAUCCUAUAGAUUAAAGCAACACAUGCCCUUUACUGCCUCACACCCUAAAUCAUGUUUCAUUAACAAAUAGUAAAUUUUCAAGGAUCGCUUUUUUAUUAACCUGGGUAUCCAUUAGAAGUUCCUCCAGGGCCUGGCAUGUCCCAUUGAAACCUUUUUGGCGAGGGAACAGGCUAGGGCAUCAAUUACUUGGUUAUUAUACAGUGCUAAGCCCGGUACUCCUAACAUUUAAUAGGCUGUGUAACAGGUUAUAUUCAAGAGGAAACAGGGGUGGUCUUAUAAACAUUAUCCAAUAAUAACAUCAUUCAUCAAUCUUGACUCAACAUAUAGAUAGCUAGCUUGCAGGUGUAAUGGGGGAGUACUCAUUAUAGUUUCAGUUUAACUACACAGCUGAAAUAAAAAGUUACUACGCACUCAUAAAAUACAUAUGUUACUACGCAGUUAGAAAUACAGAAAUAGAAAACAGCAAAUAAGACCAACGCUCUGAGACAGGAAAGUUCAUAACUCUGUCUAGGGGUACUUACAUUGAGCAUUGUAUAUAGACAAAAUAUAUUAUUUCAAAUAGGAAACAAGCUCCAUGUUAACCAAUUUUAAACAGACUGAACAUCCAGUUAUCUGUAGCAGGAGCCUUGGUUCAGUAUAGGCAAAGUGUAUUAUUCCCAACACUUUCCAACCUUUUUUCACAUGGUGAAUGCCUAUAGUUAAAAUGGGAAUAAUACCCAUCCCUCGUCCGUGGACCAGGGUUUAGGAUUACCAGUCCACCCAGUGAUCUGGGGCCAGGUCAUAAAAACCCAGUGACAAAAACUCAUAUGUAAGAAAAAAAGCACACCUGGGGAAACCCUGAAUGGGGGCCACAAUAGUAUAAACAUGUCAUCCCUCACGUUGACACCACCUGUGACUUCUAACAGCCGCACCGGUGAAUACAUAGCUUGGGUAUUGGGAGGAGAUGUGAAACAUUCUUGAUAAUGAUGGGAAAAGCCCAUUUGCAUAUUAUCAUCAUUAAGUAUAUUAUCAUCAAACUCACAAUUAUUACAGUAAUUGCAACCAGGACCUUACGUCUUAUAUCUCCUAACCACUUCCCUAUUCCAAAGGUCCAGUCAAACCAAGUCAUAUCCACAUCCAAUUCAUCAAAACAUGGGAAUCCAUCCUUGGCACACUGAACAUACAUCAACACCACAUACUGCAUCCCUCCCUGGGCCAGCUAACACUCCAUCCCUCUCUGGCUAACUCUACAAAAAAUAAAAAUAACAAAAUAGUUCAGCAUAGUUCAGAAAAAAUAGAAGUCCUUCAAGGAGUAUAAAUAAAUCCGUUCGGACACCAUACAUUUUGUUCCAUAAAAUAGCUAAGGGUAGCAAAAUGGCUGACAACAAGACCAUGUCAGGUUCCACAUAGUUCUUAGUUCUUCUUUUGUUAGCUGCAUUUUCACCACAAUGCUCUGUGCAACACCCCAAUUGUUGAAAGGGUUAAUACAGAACCAGCGGCAUUAGACAGCACUGCACCUUCAGGACUUUCCAGGGUCUUGCGUACAAAGGUUAUGUCCUCAUAAGUAAGCAUCACAGUUUCUCCAGCCUUCAUGGAUUUUGACCAAACAGAUGUAAUUGCAAAAUAGGUAGUGCAAAGUCAGCCAGAGAGAGAGAUUGGUGCGCAAUCCCAAGAAGCAGGUAGCACAAACACUCCAGGAUGAUCUCUACAAGUAUACAAACACAAGGAUCAAUACGACAUGAACAAUUCCUAAAAGGAUAUAUCUAUUAUUAUCAAUUUAUCAAUUACCUAGGCUAAAAGUCAAAUAAGAGACUAAAAUUAAAUCCUUAACUGGUGUAACGUGUACUUUUCUCAGCUUUGCUUAUAUUUCAUGAAAUUUGUCUUCUAUGAAAUUUUACAUAAUUCCCUUUGGAAUGCCUUUGUACAGACAAGAGAAACACUCACUCUAUAUAAAUACUUGAUUGGACAGGAUGGGUACUAAAACACUUUCUUGGGCAAGUGACUGAUUAAAUCUAUGUACAUAAUCUUAACAUACACAUAUGGGGAUAAUUCCCAAUAAACUCUGUUCUUAAACUUAAACCUUGAUUUGAUAAUCUCAAUUACUUUAAUAACCCCAAAUAAUUCAAUAAACUAUAUAUAAAAUAUUAAAAACAUGAACCAUCUAAUUUAAACAUUACUCAAAAAGUAUUAUCUUACCAUAAAAUCCUAACUUAUGGUCUUUGUUCCCUAUAAUGAAUAAUCCUAGGGUGAGAUGUGGUUGGGCAUAGCGCAAACGGAGUAUAAAAAAAAAAAUCUCUAACCACAAAAGCUUAAUUUUAUAUGCAUAUCAAAAAACAAGUUUAACCCAUUUGAAAAUAACCCCUUGAAAUUAUUAUAUAAUUUAUCCUCUUCUGGGUCUGCAAAAUGGGUCUUUCAAUUUGACAAUACAAAUAUAAUACAGUACUUUAGAUUAGAAUUGCCUCGCUUAUAAAUGUCAGAAAUUGUCUGAUCUCUAUUAAAAAUACAAUUUCAUCAUUACCCUAUGAUCAAUGUGGCAUACUAGAUGAAUCUUACUUUGGGAAUAAACCCCCCAUCCUCUACAUACUCCCACAGAUUGGUGUUUCUGCCCAGUUAAAAAGGCAGAACAAUCAAUAUGGAUAACAUAAUUUCCUUUGACACAAAUAAUGCAAUACACUUUAAAAGUAGAGUUAACUCUGAGCUGGAAAAUAGCUGGACAAUACUCCCCUGUGAGAGGUAGCUGGAGUACUCCUUUAUAAGGGAGAGUCGUCUUCUUGUUCAUGUAUACUUUUUCUCAGUGAAAGAAUAACAUUCAGGAUUAGUCAGUUUGCAAAGGGAAACGUGGAUCCACGAUUUGAAUACCAGAAGUUUGUGGGGCCCCAUUUAUGUGAAAUGUAACAAAGCAUUUUUCUCAAAGUCUCAUAUUAUUAUCAAAUAAUGUCCUGGAGUGAUAGCAUGCAUUGGAUUUAUUCUUGCUGGCUUUAUAGCAUUUUACCUGUCGUAAAAACACUAAAUGCUUUCGUAAAUGACAGGCAAAUAUUCUUAACUUUACUAUUUAAACUCAUAAACAAUAGACAUUAACAAGGAAGGACCACAGAACAUACCAAUUCAUUAAAACCCAUAGAACUUAAACUCAGCAAUCAUUGUAAUAUCAAACCUGUUGUCAUCUGACAAAACUGAACACAGGUCCGAAGGACCAGACGUAGUAGAUACACAUAAUAGAUGCCCAGCAAAUAUGGGCACGCAACUAAACCAUAACCAUUCCAAAAUAAAUGAACAAAUUUCACACUCUGUUUCCCUUAGAAUAAACACAGUUUGACACAAUGUAGUUCCUAUGCACGUGAUAGAUUACAACUGCAGUCUUAAACUAACACUUCCAAUUAAAUAUGCAACACCAUUCUCAUACCUAUGUAUAAAAAGCCUUUUAAAAAAAAUAAUGAAAAUUUCUGCAAACUGUUUGACUACUACAGAAGCAGACAACCAGCAUUGAAGAUAGAUCGCAAGACUUGGCAAAUGAACAGGAAAGUUGAAUAAAACAGGAAGUCAACUAUUGCAACAGCAAUACAGUAGACUAACACUGUAGAACAGACCGCAAAAUUAGAGCUGUUAGAACUACUCAAACUCCCACUGCUCUUGGACAGAAGCAAUAACGCAGCAUUCAACAGCCACCAAAACAGUUAUUUAAUAGGUUAUUAGGCUGGCAUUUCCAUCUGUAUCAAUAGACUGGGACAAACUGAUUCAAAUAUGUUUUAAAACAACACAGUAAAAUAGCAAUUUUAGUUAACCUGCACACUUCAUAAUGGGUAUUCAAAACACAUAUUAACACAGGCACCAAUUACACAGAAUAAACUCAUAACAUCUGUAUUCAGAACAUAUUAUUGUAAGGUAUACCAAUUUUAAUUUGUAUCAGAUUUAUUCUAGGGUUAUUGUAUACAUGUAUUUCCUUAAAUACCAUAUUACUUAAUCUACCAUAGUAUUGUUUAUAAAGAAGGGAUCCCUUUAUAUAGCGCUCUCGUCUUACAUAUUCGUGUGAAACUUGCAUUAAUUUAUUGCAAGAUCUGUACCCUCUCAAUAAAAUUUCUCUCUGAGAUGAUGCUACAUCAUCCAAAAUCUUAUAGAAAUUGAGCAAAUUUUGGACCAGAUUACAAAGACAUGUUAUUACCCGAAUCUCUCAGAACUCUCAGAGACUCAACAUUAUUAUGCUAGACCAUGUUAGGCAUGGCAAACCUUUUUGGAUCGAUCCAGUUGAGUGUUUAAGAGCCACAGCGAAACGUUUAACCCCUUCCCGACCGUGGACGGAAAUUUUCCGUCAACCUUGUCCUUCAGUUAAGGACCGUUGACGGAAAAUUUCCGUCAUUUUCUUAAGUUAACCCCAGAUCGCCGCGAUCGCGGCAAUCGCGGGGUUAACGGUGCUCCGGUCUGCCUCUGCAUUAGAGGCAGACCGGGAGCACCCGAUCGGGCUGCCCCAGCACCGGUGCUCGCUCUGACAGCAUGUCAGAGCGAGCACAUGUGCUCCACAUACUCACCUUCCGCCUCCCUGCACUUCCGGGUUCUGUGUGAAGUGCAGGGAGACGGAUCAGUGCUGAUCUGCUUCCCUGUGUAAAAAAAAAAAAAAUUAAAGUUAAAUCCCACCCCCCCUGCCCCUGUUUUAAUAAAAUUAACCCCUUCCCUGCCAAUUGAUCACUGACUACAGUGAUCAAUUGGCAGGGUAUACAUUUUAAUGUCAUCUGAUUUUUUUUUUUUUAACCCCUGAGGGUUAAUUAUUUUUUUUUUAACCCUCAGGGGUUAAAUUUAUUUUAUUAAUUAAUUUAAAUAUUAAAAAAUUAUAUAUUUAGCUAGCUGGGAUGGGUGGAAGUUAGUGGGGAAUUGGGGAAUUUGGUGUUAGGCUAACUAGGGGUUAACGUUAAAAAAAGUUUUAAAAUAAGCUUUAAAAAGGUAAAAAAAAAAAUUUUUUUAAAUGUUUUAGUAACGUUUAAGUAAAAAAAAAAAAAAUACCACCCCCUUUACCCAGUCUAAAUAAAAAUUAACCCCUUCCCUGCCAGCUGAUCACUGCCUACAGUGAUCAAAAUACAGAUCACAGUAUUAUACUGUGAUCUAAUUUUUUUAACCCCUGAGGAUUAACUUUUAUUUAUUUUUUUAACCCUCAGGGGUUCCAUUUAUUUAAUUAAUUAAUUUAAAUAUUUUAUAAUUAAAUAUUUUGCUAGCUGGGGUGGGUGGGAGUUAUGGGAAAAUGGUGAAUUUACGGUUAGUGCUGCUUACUGCUAGUUAGGGGUUAACGGUAAAAGAAAAGUUUAGAAAAAAAAUUAAAAGUGUAAAAAAAGUUAAGAUAGUGUAAAACAUUUAAUAAGUAAAAAAAAAAGUUUAAAAAUGGGUUUUACAAAGUAAAAAAAGUUUUACAAAGUAAAAAAAUACAUUUAAAAAUGCUCAUUACCACUACACUUGGUACAAGCUAGCGGAAAUAUUAUCCCACGCUAAGGUUCAAAAUAUGCCUUUUGAAUUACCCUGGGAUGUCUUCUUUAAGAAAUGAUAUGCCUUUAUGGUGUAAUUGGAUGAUAUAGCCUUGUAAAAUACUCUAAAAUGGGACAUGGACACAGCGUAAAAAUUCAAAGUUUGGAAAAAACUGGAAUGGCUGUGUCUCAAAUGUGCCCCUUCAAUGUCCACAUAUACCUGGCAAAGGUACAUACGGGGGUAUUGCUGUACUCAGCGACAUAGCUGAACAACAUAUGAAGUAGUAUACAGUCGUAGUACACAUAAGGUUUGCAAAAUAUACUGCGCAAACUCACUUUGUGUGUCAAAAAGGCAGAAAAAAUGCUUAUUACCACUACACUUGGUACAAGCUAGCGGAAAAAUUAUCCCACGCUAAGGUUCAAAAUAGGCCUUUUGAAUUACCCCGGGAUGUCUUCUUUAAGAAAUGGUAUGCCUUUAUGGUGUAAUUGGAUUAUAUAGCCUUUUAAAAUACUCUAAAAUGGGACAUGGACACAGCGUAAAAAUUCAAAGUUUAAAAAAAAUGGAAUGGCUGUGUCUCAAAUGUGCCCCUUCAAUGUCCACAUAAACCUGGCAAAGGUACAUACGGGGGUAUUGAUGUACUCAGCCGACAUAGCUGAGCAACAUAUGAAGUAGUAUACAGUCGUAGUACACAUAAGGUUUGCAAAAUAUACUGCGCAAACUCACUUUGUGUGUCAAAAAGGCAGAAAAAAUGCUUAUUACCACUACACUUGGUACAAGCUAGCGGAAAAAUUAUCCCACGCUAAGGUUCAAAAUAUGCCUUUUGAAUUACCCCGGGAUGUCUUCUUUAAGAAAUGGUAUGGCUUUAUGGGGUAUUUGGAUUAUAUAGCCUGGUAAAAUACUCUAAAAUGGGACAUGGGAACAGUGUAAAAAUUUAAAGUUUGAAAUGAACUGGAAUGGCUGUGUCCCAAAUGUGCCCCUCCGAUGUCCACAUAUACCUGGCAAAGGUACAUACGGGGGUAUUGAUGUACUCAGCCGACAUAGCUGAGCAACAUAUGAAGUAUUAUACAGUCGUAGCACACAUAAGAUUUGCAAAAUGUACUGCGCAAAUUUACUUUGUGUGUCAAAAAGGCAAAAAAACGCUUAUUACCAUUACACUUGGUACAAGCUAGCGGAAAAAUUAUCCCACGCUAAGGUUCAAAAUAUGCCUUUUGAAAUACCCUGGGAUGUGUUCUUUAAGAAAUGGUAUGCCUUUAUGGUGUAGUUGUAAUAUGUAGCCUGCUCAAGUGCUCCAAAGUGGGCACGGACGCAUCAAAACCCUCCAUGAAAAUUCACACUUAAAAACCUUAACUUGUUACGUCUCUUUUAUAGCAGUGUAACUUCACAAAAUAGUGUCUAGGUCAUACAUUGGGCAUAUUGUUUUACUCAGAAGACUUAGCUGAGCAUAAUUUGGGGGGUUUGAACUUAGUGGCACAUAUGAAAUGUACAAAAUGCCCAGCAAAAAUGUAAUCCGUAUGUAAAAAAUGCCCAAAAUUAUUUUUUACCACAUACUUUGGCAUAUAUUGGUGAAAAAAUGGGGGCAUGUUAAGGCACAAUAUGCACCAUAUGAGAUACCCUGGAGUGUCUACUUUUAUAAAUGGUAGGCCUUUGUGGUUUUUUUUUGAACAGUCAAACUGCUAUAAUACCCCAAAUUGAAGCAUAGGCCCAUUAAAUCCGCCUCUCAAAAUUCUACUGUAAAUGUUGAAACGGACAGGUCUCCUAUAUGGCACUGUAGCUUCACGAAAUAGUGCCAAAGACAUACAAUGGGGGUAUCGUUGUACUCAGCAGAAGUAACUGAACACAAAAUAAAACUUUGUACAGGAAUAGCACACACCAACUUUACAAAAUAUACAUGGGAAGUUCUUUGUUAUAAGUUUGUGUGCCAAAAACUCCAAAAAACUAAAUUUUACUCCAAUAUUUAGCAGAGAUUGGCGGUGAAAUGGCUACUUAGAAAGUGUCAAAAAAACCUUAGGACAAUAGCCUGUGAUGUCUACUUUAUAUAAAUAUAUACUUUUGUGUGGCAAUUUUGUUUUCUUUUAUGGCUAUUAAGCUUACAAGACAAACAUACAAAAUUCUAAAAUCGCUCUACAUUAAAAGUUUAUUUUACUCCUUGUGCUUUAUGACCUGUAACUACCAAAAAAAACUUUAAAUCCCAGACACAUUAUAUAUUUUGUAAAUCAGAACAACUAAAUAAAUUUAUUUUUAAUUACUUUCUUUAACCUGCACUAAUUAGGCACACAUUAUUAUUGCAAAAACUGUACAAAAAACACAAAAUUUUUCUUUUUUUUGCAUUUUUCUGUAUUUUUUAAAUAAUAAAUAAGCAUUUAUAUAUAUAUAUGUUACAUCAAAUUAAAGCCCUUUAUGUCCUUUAAAAAACAGUAUAUAAUAUGUGUCGGUGCAAUAAACGAGAGAGAUGCAAAUUGCAGUUGAACGCAUACAGCAAGAAAAUGCAAAAAUUGCUUGUGUCAUUAAGCGUAAGACAAGCUUCUGAAGCUGUGUCCUUAAGGGGUUAAGAGCCACAGCGAAACGUAUAAUCAACCUUUGUCCAUGAUAUUCUGAUCCAGUCUGCAUACCUGACCAAAACUCAAAACAGGUUUGUGGUCACAAGACUAAAAUCUCAGCAUCCCCGUACAACAAUUUGUAGAUUUUCACAAUUUGAAAGAACACAUAAUAUUAGACAUAUUAGUCAUAAUAGGGAGUUUUUUCCCUCAAAGAUUAAUCUACAGAGAAUCAUAAAGCAUAUUCAGCAAGUAAUGUACUGCAUUCUUUAGAGUACCUUUAGCAAGGAAAAGUUAGCUUACAGCACAAAAUGAAGCAUGUGUUGGACCGCUGAAAAAGUAGAUGUGGCUCUCUAAUUUACAAACAAAAAUAUAUUUACAGUAUGGAUCCUCUGCAAGAAACACCCAGGGCAGGGAAAAUGUGGUGCUUGAUGUUUUAGACAGUUAAUCCCAUAUGGGGACUUAACUUUGAAAUACUAAUGAAGUGAAUUUGUCCCAGUACGAAAAUACUAGGCUCAUCAUUCAGACAAUGCAACACAAUCACAAUAUCCCACUCUCAUGGAAAGUGUAGUGGGCUUAUAGUAUAGACAUAACAAUCAUACCAGGCAUAUAGAUCCCAUGUGAAAUAAUAUAUAGCAAUAUAAACAGAAAAAGAAACUCAUACUUUAUGAAAUAGGAGACUGGAAAAAUAGUCAGAGAUAUCAUGAUAAAUGGGAUUACAGAUCUGCACCCUUAAAUACCCCAAAAAAUUCCCUUAUGGUGAAACAUAUAUAGAACACCGCCCACACAUAACUAUCAACAAAUAUAUAGAUAUAUGUUGGAAAAUAACAUAAAACUAUCAUUCCCUAUACACUCCCUCCGCCACCGGAGUAAUCUCCUUUACCAUACCAGAGACUUCAGUAGACUGCUCACCCACUGAGAGUGAUAGGGAGAACCUGGCAGACUUCAUAAAUUCCUUCCAUAUCUGUGGGUCAAGGGUGCCCUCUGAGGGCAUGCCAGCUUUCUUGAGUAAUUUCUUUAUUGCCUUCCUUUAAGAUGAUUAACGAUAGUUAGAGCUGUAAACUCCUCCUCCUGGGUCAUUUUUAUGAGUUACCCUUCUCUAACAUGUAAGGGGUAAUUACUUCCUUAACCAAGACAAGACUAUACAAACAGUGUUUAAACACUUAGGACCACUGCAGUGGAAUUUCCAGUCUUUGUCUUCUUUAUAUAAACACAGAUCAAAGAUCUGACUUGGAGGAUUCUUACUCUAACUAUAAAACUAUAAAGCAAAUGACAAAGCAAAGUUAAGACCCACAGAUAUAUUCUACUAUCUCAAGAUUCCAAGAUUUCUUUCACAAGACAUUCCAAUUGAACAUAACCAACCACAGAAAACAAGUUCUUUAGAAGGAGACCUAUUUAAAUCCAUACUCAUCCGGACUUAGGACUCGGAGAGCUAAAUAGAGAGAGAAUCUAGAAAGGUAGAAAACAGUUUUCUUACCGCUGCAGCUUAAGAGUCACUGUCUACAACCCUUGGUUUCCCAGUAUUUCGUCUGGAUGUAAUGGAUUGUUUUCUCCCGUGUUUCGGCACCAAUUGUUAAGGAUAUUAAUUUACCCGGAGAUAUGUUCAGGUGGAAACCAAAUUGACACUUUAAAUUACGAGCUGCUCGGAGAAAGUAAUCAGACCAGACAGUUUUUUAUUCAAAGAUUACUUCCUAAUUUUAUUGUGUAAGUUUACAGAUUAUAUAGUACUUUGUAAAGACAGCUUUGUGACUUGCGCGCCAAAAACCUGAUGGGUGAAGUCACACUGUACCAUAAAAGGGAAAUUACAAUACUAAGCAUAUUUCAAUGGUUAUAUAUAUAAAAACAUUAGGACAUCAGAAGGGGUGUUGAUGGGGGAAGCUGCAAUCGUCUCCUCAGAAACCACAGAAUGUCACAAGUCAUGAUUUUAUGCUUACUUGUGCUUAUUUGUCAGACACUCGAAACUAGACUAAAAAUUAAAAGCAGAACAUAAGUAAGUAAAGACUGGACAACUGGUCAUCUUAAAAGCUUGAGCCUGGGGUCAAGGUAUCUUCCAUCAACAAUUCCAUUGCAACAUCAUCAGAAGUGGUAGCCUGAGCCAAUAACAAUGCUUCCCCAUAGGAUUGGCUGAGACUGAAAAGGAGGCAGAUCAGGGGCAGAGCUCAAACACAUCCCUAGCCAAUCAGCAUCUCCUCAUAGAGAUGAAUUUAAUCAAUAAAUCUAUAUGAGGAAAGUUCAGUGUCUGGAUGCAGAGGGAGGAGAUACUGAAUGUGUUGAUGCAUUUUAGGCAGCCAUGGCCCAGGAAGGAUCUAUAACAGCCAUCUGAGGAGUGGCCAGUGAAGUUAUCACUAGGCUGUAAUGUAAACACUGCAUUUUCUCUGAAAAGACAGUGUUUACAGCAAAAAGCCUGAAGGUAAUGUUUCUACUCACCAGAACAAAUUUAAUAAGCUGUAGUUGUUCUGGUGACUAUAGUGUCCCUUUAAUGGAGACUGUGUGUGCCACAGCUUGGGGAGGUGUGGUUAAAACUACAUUAACAAAAUCAAAAAAUAACUCCUAAAUGGCAGAGAGUUGAGCGAGAACAAGGAGCAUCUAUGCUCCAAAAUAAUUGAGCUCUUGGUGCUAAGUGUCCCUGUAAGAUUUCACUAUUUAACAAAUUCUUCAUUUUUUUUUUUUUAGAAUAAGUCUGGACAAGAUAAUGGUUUCACCCUUCGACUACAGACUUUCUUAAACAAGCCUACCUUACCCCUUGGUUCAGGAGGUAAUACCUACAUUUUAUUUAACUUCAUCUGCCAUGUUAUAAUUUUAAUAUUUUUUUCACAGAAAAAAAUGGGUUUUUGGGGCACACCCAGAACAUGCAUUUCCAAGCAGUGGUGCUGCCGUAAACUACAAAACAUAUACAAAAUACAGUUGAAGGAACAGCGCACACAAACAAAAAUAAAGCUUUACAUUUAACAAGGCUACUUAAAAUCACCUAUAUUCGCAAAUAAAUAUGGGGAUUCAGUUCCACCAUAUGGCCAUAUUGUGUUAAGCCCACCACUACAGAACCCCAAUAUCAGUGGGUCCUACACCGUUAGCAUGUUGGGGUACUGUGAUGUAGUGGUGGGCUAAACACAAAUAUGGCCAUAUGGUGGAACUAAAUCUCCAUAUUUAUUUGUGAAAAUAUGCAAUUUUAAUGUAAAGCUGUAUUUUUGUUUGUGUGUGCGCUAGAACUUGACUUUCAUACAUAUUUCAUACAUAUUUUUUAGCACUGGUGUAUUAUUUAACUUGGUAGAUUUAAAGAGACAAAAUAUGCUGUAAACUGCCCAGAUUUUUAAUGCAUGGUAUAGAUGUAAUGAAUGUGUAAAGUGUAUAAAUAAAUGGUAAAUAUAAAUAAGUAAUGUGACUGUCACUUUUGUAUAUUUUAUAAAGAUUAAAUCUUUUUGCAAUGCUUAUAUUGAUCAUGAAGAAAUUAAUUUGAAAUUCUAACACAAUCAAAAAAUAUCAUAGAACAAAAUAGGCACUUCUUGUCUUAUGGGAAAAGCCAAAAUUGACAAAAACCUUAAUUUUUUUUUUUAAAUGUGCCAGGGUCUGUUGCGAUCAGCCUCCAUAGGAAAAGACAUCUUCUUGCUUAUUGGCAAGUAGUUCUGUGGAGGGGUUGGUGUGAUAUUCUGUGGACCUCUGUGCUGUACUUUCACUCAUACGUAUGCACAAACAAGUAUCUUUUUCAAGCAGACCUAUCCCAGACCAGGAAGAGGUUCCACCAAUCAGGUCCCUUCCAUUGUUGUCUAUAGAUUUUCUUUUUCAUCCCAUAAAACCAUGUGUACCAGAGUUUUAAGAGAGAUGUGGUAUAUUCUAGAGCAGGCUUCCCCAAACUCCGGCCCUCCAGAUGUUGCUGAACUACAACUUCCAUGAUUCUAUGAAUGAAAUAUAUAGGCUGAGAAUCAUGGGAGUUGUAGUUCAGCAACAUCUGGAGUGCCGGCAUUUGGGGAAGCCUGUUCUAGAGCCUCCGUUCCCCUCAAGAUCAAAGUGGUAUGCCUGCUGUCUGUUUAUUCACUUGGUGUAGCAAUUAUCUUAUCUGACUUUACAUAUAUUGCCUUUCGUGCACAUUUUAGAGUGGCCUUUUAUUGUGGCCAGCAUAAGACACACCUGCAAUAAUCAUGCUGUCUAAUCAACAUCUUGAUAUGCCACACUUGUAAAAUAGAUGGACUAUCUCUGCAAAGGAGAAGUGCUCACUAACACAGAUUUAGACAGAUUUGUGAACCAUAUUUGAGAGAAAUAGGCCUUUUGUGUACAUAGAAAAAGUCUCCUUUGAGUUCAGCUCAUGAAAAAUGGGGGCAAAAACAAAAGUAUUGUGUUUGUUCAUAUAUAAUUAUGAAUACUAAAAUACACGUGGUGUGUGUGUAUAUGUGUGUGUGUGUGUAUAUAUAUAUAUAUAUAUAUAUAUAUAUAUAUAUAUAUAUAUAUAUAUAUAUAUAUUAUUUUUUUUAUUUAUUUAUUUUUUUCACUGAUUGCUUGACUAACAUUUUUUUUAAUAUCAUUUCAACAGCAGGGGGUCAGUUUAGGCAGUCCCCCUGCAGGCAGCUGCAUAGCCAGUUUAUGCCUGCCAUGUGAUCUCUCUUUGAGAGCGAUCACAUGCCCCCAGGUUCCUAAAUUGCAGAGGGGGGACUGCCUGAGCUGUCAGGCACUCCCCCAGAAGCAGAUCACGGAGGUGAGUAUAUUUCAGCUACUGGGGCCGUUAGGGUGUUCAAUGCCGCCAUAAUUACUUUAAAGCCCAUUAUAAUGGGGACGGCAUAGAACACCCUAACUGCUUUAAUGAGUUAAAAAAAAAAUUCAAUUUUGUUAAUUAUUUGCUUUUGUAUUACACAGGCAUGUUGUGAUGCUGCCGCCUACCCCAUGUGUUCCUUAUUAUGAUUGAGAGAGACAGCAUAUGAGAAGAGCAACAGGAGAGAAAAAUAAGCUUGGCAACAGCAUCCAUUACAGAUUAUAGGGAGGCAGUACAGUGUCUCGAGAGACCAAUUUGGAGAGAAUUACAAUAGUCCAUACAAUAAAUUACAAGAGAAUGGACCAGUUCCUUGGUAGCAUCUUGUGUGAGAAAGGGGCAGAUACAGGCAAUGUUUUGGGGAAAUCGUCAGGAUUUGGCGACAGACUGCAUAUGAGGCAGAAAUGUGAUGCCAGAAUCAAAAAUAAAAUACCUCGCCUGCAAGCACAGGCUGAUGCACAUGCCACCAACUUGCAGGGACAGCAAAAGAUGAGAAUUAUUAUUCUAUGGAGGAAAAAUAGGAGGCUUAGUUUUUGACAGACUGAGUUUUAAAAAGCACAAGGACAUCCAAUCAGAGAAGGAAGAGCGGCAACUGAUACUUUAUAGGACAGCGGGAGAAAGAUCAAUGAAGGAGAGUUAUAUGUGGGUGUCAUCAACAUACAGGUGGUACUGAAAUCUAAAAGAAUUAGUUAGAAAAGUUUACCAAGAGAGGCAGUGUAGAGAGAAAACAGAAGGGGGCUGAGAAUAGAGCUAUCUGAGACUACAACCGAAAUAGGAUGAGGGAAGGAACUGUUACCGGAAAAAGGAGACAAUGAAGGACUGUUGAGAGAGCUAGGACGAGAGUCAAGAGUUUGGAGAAGGAGAGGGUGUUCAACAGUGUUAAAGGCAAGAGAGAGGUCUAGAAGUAUUAAUAUAGAGUAUAGUGGCCUUUACAUUAGUUACUUUAGUCAGAACAUUGUAAAUGGUCACAUAUUGUUUCCUUAUUCAUUUAUAAAUUCUUGCAUCAUCCAGGUAGUGUUAGCUUAUUUAUAGAACUUAUAUUGUUGACCCAUGCCAUCUGUUAUAAAUGUUGAGCCAACCAAUGAAGUUGAAGUUUCUCUCUGUCUGUACAUCAUAGCAUGGCUAUAACAUUUCAAAUAGUAAUAAUUGUUUUUGUUUUUUUACAUUAUAAUGCACGUUUCACUUUUCGGUUUGCCAUCAAUCUAAAAUAUAUUCUCUUAAAGGCAACCAAACAAGUUCAUUUGGCCAAGAAAAUCUCAAAGAGAGUGGAGAAGUUAUUCAAAUUGUAAAAGAACCAACAGCUCAUCGUAAUGAACGUGUGUGUGGUGGAAAAAGUAAAAAGAGAAAGAGACCCAAUAAAGAUGCUGUACCAAAGAAGAAAUUUAAGAAAAAAAAGAGUAAGUGUGUGUCUUAAGAAUAACAAAAUUUAAAACAAGCUUAUUGCCAACAAUUAAAAUUGUAAUGUUGUAAGCUUACAGAACCCCAGAAUAAUCAUAUUGCCACCCAAAAAUAUAAGCCAAGUUUCAGCAGAGAUGACGUACAUUAAGUUUUCAGAAAGGCCUUUUUUUGACAAGCUGCUCUAAACUUUUGACACAAACCAGUGGGACAGCAACUAUAUAUCUGUAGUGGCUGUGGUACUUAGACUCUUUCCUUCUUAAUGAAAUGUAAUUUCAAACAAUGGGGACCCUCUGAAUUUAGACUGUAAACCCAGUAUUGUGUCCUUACCUAGACGUUAAUUUCUUUGGAUUGACAAAUUGACAAAAGCACAAGUGUUUAACCCUUAAAGAUUCAUAGGACCAAACAUUGCAUUAUUAUAUACUGUAUAACCACAAUAUAGGACACUUUGGGUUAAAACUGUUGACUUUGCCUGAAAAUUAUUUUGUAAGUAAAUAUGAUCCAGCAAAGUAAUUAUUAGAUUCUGGAGUUAAACUUGUAGAUUACGCAAUGCAGUGUACCUAUAAUCUUAAUUUUAUUAAGGACAGGAGGCGAAUAUUUUGCAUUAAACUGUAGCAGCACAGAUUUUUUAGAUUUUUUUUUUUUUUGUUGUUAUUUUAUUUUAUAUUUUUGCUGUGCAAAGGAUAGGUACAAACAAGCUUGAGGUACCCCAAUGGCAAUCCACUAGCGGCAUAUAAAGCUUUGCAAUCAGGGUAGUAGAUUGGAUGUGCACAAUUUUAUAUUAGAUUAAUAGACAUGUGUGAAUAUUCAAGAUAUAGUAUAGUAUGUGAAGACUAUGCUAGACUUUCUGAUGCUGACUAAAAUUGUAUAACAUGCUAGCUGGGUAUAUACUAACAGGCUAGUAGCGGAUUUAACCCCUGGAACGCCUCCAUUUUUGUAUAGCUUGUGUAGACAUAGGCAGGCAACUAAAACUCACUCAGACAUAAAAAGAACUAAAACACAGGUUUAACGAUAUUGUCUGUCUGGGUACAGACGGCUUAAGUGUAGUAGUGUGUCCUGGGGGACACACGGGUCAGCCAAUGCCUCUGCUUGGUAUAGCCAUAAAGUCCCUGGGAGCUACUGAGUUCGCCCCAGUGCGUUUCUGUGGCAGUUCUGGGCGUGGAUUACGUUCAACAUCCCGCUUGCCUGGGGGCUUGCGACAAUAGGGUCUCAGAAACAAGUCCAUGUCCUUCUCCUCUUAGAGGUGGCUGAAGCUCUGGUUAGUCGUUUCUCUUGCGGGGUCUGUGCUUCUGCCUCUGUGAGGGGUGCUUUGGGUGGGAGACCUUGCUGGCUCUCUGCCUGGGUGUGCUGGGUAUGUGCGGCUUAGGUGUUUGGUGGGUGGAUGGGCCCGACGGGGCCUCUCGCACGCCAUCUCCUGUUCGCCUCCGUUUGGUCUUCUGUCCCCCAGCUGCUGCUUUUGCUCAUACCUCCAACCGCUGCCAGAAACGGGCAAAUAUCUCGUCCAGGUGCUGUAGCAUGCGGUCUGUUGUAGCACACCCGUCCUGCUCGGCCGGCAGCUGCCGAGAGGGUACCUCCGCCAUUUUGGGUGGUAGUGUUGUUUCUCAGGUUUUUGCGAUAUCAGCUGUCUGCUAUCAUCAAGGCUGCUAUGUGUGGACUGGGAUGACCCCUGCUGGUCCUGGGGGGAGGAGGGGGGAGAAAGGUGUUUCACCAGAGUCCCAGUCACUGCUUAUGUGCCUGGAGAGCAGCCGUCUCUGCGUGACUCAGUCUCAUGUAGGCCGCAAGCUUUGGUGUGUCAGGUUGGCUGUGCUGGAGCUCGAAAGAGGCACUAUUCAAUGUAGCAGCCUCUCCCUGUUGUGGGUAUUGUGGUCUGCGGUCUGUGAGUGUCGAUGGCCGGGUGUAGUACCCUGUUUUUUGUCCCCAGACGUGGGAGCUCAUGCUGAACACAUCUGUGCUGCUUGGCUGCCUGGCUCCAUCCCCCAGCAGCACAGAUUUAACAAAGUUUAGUGAAAAAAACAUAUUGCAACAGGGAAUAAAAAGCCCCUCCCCCUUUAGCUCUUUCUUUGAUGCUAUAUAACCAGAAAUGCAUCCUUAACCCCUUAAGACCGCAGAGUGUUAUAUGCCGUCCUUAAGGAAGCGGCUCAAAACGCUGCAGGGCGGCAUAGAACGUCCCCGCGAUCUUAUGUACUUACCUGGUCGCCGGCGAUCGCGUUAUGGGGACUCACCUGGGAGCCCAGGAAGUCCCCCUUCUUCCUCUUCGGUCCCUCUGGGCUAUGUGAUCGCGAGGUCCUUGCGAGGACCUCGCGAUCACAUAGACGGCAUAGCCGUCAGAGGCAUUGCCAGCAGGGGGAGUGCCUGUAAUGACAGGUACUCCCCCUGCUGUCUGGAGAAAAAAAAAAAAAAAUGUUAUAACAGUGUCAAAUUAAAUAAUAUAUACUUAGAUCAUAUACAUAUUAUAUAUAUACACAUACACAUAUACUAAGUUUUUUUAAUAUUCAUAGGUAUAUAAUUAUAUAUAUUCAUAUCAAAGUACACGUACAAUGAUAUUGACUAAAUAUAUAAUUAUCUUUAUAUAUAUAUUUAUAUAUAAUAUAAAAUAAACAAAUAUGUAAAUACAUAAACAAAUUAAAAAAUAAAUAUACAUGUGUAAUUUCAUUCUAAUUGUAUUUUAAAAUUAAUAUAUAUAUAUUGAUAUCAAAAAUACAUGUAGAACGAAAUAAUAUAUAUCUAUAUACAUAAGUAUAUACGUAUAUAUCACUAUAUAUAUAUAUAUGUAUUUAUAUAUAUAUAUAUGUGUGUGUAUAUAUGUAUAUAUAUAUAUACCUAUAUAUAAAUAAAAAUAAUUUUUGAAAAAUUAUAUACACACGCACAUAUAUUAGUUCUACGUAUAUAUUUAUGUAAUAAUUUUACAUAAUUAGGUCAUUUUAUUCAUUACAAUUUGCAAGACCUACCUGACAACCCAGGCCCAAAGUUCAGGGAAUUUAAUUUGCUAGCACUCCAGUGUUGAGCGAACCAGCCUGCCGUUAGGUUGUUGAUUCCUGGUAAGUACUCUGCUCGUAGAAUGAUGUUGCACAGUAGGCAGAAUCGGUAUAUGUCCUUUGUUCAGGGGUUUGGGUUUUUCAUGGAAGUCAAUUCCAGUGAGGUUUGCUGCUGCUGGGGUUCCGGACAGGCUGCCCAGCAUCCCUGUAGGGCUGGUGAAGAGACCUUGGUUCCAGCUGCACCGGCCAACUGGCUGUCCUCCCAGGACCAGUCUAUGAGGACCCCUGUUUCUGGAACUGGUAGUGAAGCAGGGGGUAGAGCAGCUAGAUCUCCCCAUCCGGAGUGUGGCAGGUCUGGGUCAGCCACCCAGCUUCCCUGCUCUGCAGGCACAGGGACCACAGUCCCAUCUGCACCCUCCACACCAGUGGUCCUACCUUCUGAGGAUAGGCAUUGCCGCUGGGGAGCGAGACUGAUUGUUUCCGCUCCCUGCAGGGUACACUGUUGUUGAACAGGAAGGCCAACUACAACUACUUCUGCUGAGGGGCCGCUACAAUGUUCCAUUCGCUAGAGUCCCCCACCUACAGUCUCUUACCUUAGUUUGGCCAACCAAAGCUUGUGUUCCCUCCUAUCUUGUAAGUAGGUAGCCACUAGAAUUUCGAGUGCCCUGAAAAUCUCCACCGAAACAUCAGAGCAAAAAAAAUACAGUCGUAGACACAUCGCAUGACGGAACUCCGCAUCCUUAUAUGGGGAGGUUGCCCGAGGGCUAGCUCACUCCAUCCUGCUGAGUUUCUUCGCUAGCGCUAUCCCUCUGGUUUAUAAUCCAAACGAUUCCGGUGUCUCCAGGAUGCUUCUCUACUUGCUAGGAAGCCAUCCCACCGCUGCCACCAGAUGUGGCGGUAUACCCUCUUGAAGAUGGGUUUCUACUGCCUGUUGUUGCCCCUUCCUAGUUGUGAUAGCUCCAGAGUGAUUAUAGCUGCCUGUGAUUAUAGUAUUGCUGAAGGGGUAACCGCAUUAUCACCCAAAUACAAGUCAAGGCUAGUGAAGGGUGAAGAAUAACUGUUUAAUCCCAGCCAAACGACUCACAUUUAUACAGAAUCUGGUACAGUAGAUACUCUCCAAAACACUCUCACAAACACACCCACAAUUAAACCACAAAAUGCAUUGUUAUCGUGACUCAUCAAUAAAUGUACAAAUAUGAAAAACCAUAAAAAUGCAUAUAUCCCGCAUAGGAACCCCCAUAGUCUAUACAUCCCCGGAUAGCCUGGAUCUGAGCGCCCAACAUAUCUGAAAAGCACUCCGAUCCCACGAACAUAGCCAAAAAAACACUGGGGUAACGUUCUGAGCAACUGCACGCAAGGCUCCUUCGCAAAACAGUUUCAAGGAUUCAGUGGUAGGGGCCGGUCAACUUUGGGAGUUCCAUGCGAACAAAAUACCGAACACACAUUCUGGCUGAAACAACACUCCCCUGACGUGUGGCAAAGAAGCAGGCGUUCGUUAAAGUUCAGCUGUGUUUAGGAGUUUCAGUAUCCGAUUUUAGUUCCAUGUGAUCAACACCGAAACACUGCUGCCUGCAUUCUCACGAAAAGAUGUCCGCCAACACAGUUCCCACAUGCAUACGAAUGGCGAAAAAUAAAUUACUCUCAUAGCGGGGAAAUAUUGCUCAAUGGAAAAUGUUUAAUAUCUUUUUAUGGACGUAAUAGAGGUUGAAGUCACAAAGGUCAUACAUAACUUUGGCUUAAUAGAGGGUAAAGUCACAAAAGUCAUUCAUAACUUAUCUAUUUUGAACUAUGAACAAAACGGCAAAAUUAUAAUUUUCUUGCUUUGUUUUUCCACAUAUACAGCUUAUAUCAUUCUGUUAUUUCUCAUGUAUACCUGUGGUAAUAGUAAAUGUUUUUUAACUCUAAUUUAUCUUUGAAUAAUAUUCGGUUCAGACACAAACUACAUUUUAAUUUAAGUGAUGGUAUAGAUUCACUUACUUUCAGGUGAAAUAAGUGUACAGGAGAAAGUGAGGAAGAAUCGUUACAAUGAUGAGGCAGAUCAAAGUGCAUUACAAAGAAUGACACGUCUUCGAGUGGCCUGGACAGCACAGGAAGAUGGCUUACUAAUGCUUUGUCGAAUAGCAAGUAACAUCCUCAACAGAAAGGUACAUCCUUAAAAAUUAAACCCAAAGAUAAGUUCAGGCACCUCUAAUACAUCUAAUUAGACCAAUGUUUAAAGGAACACUCCAAGCUCCAUAACCAG